AACAUGCCCAAUGUGAGGGACCAUGAUGCAUCUGUCUACCUUCGCCUCCAAGGCGAUGCCCUCUCCGUGGGGGGUUACGAACAGAACCCUGUCUUCUGGGACAAGGUAAUGUGUGUGUGUGUGUGUGUGUGUGUGUUCUCACUGUGUUGACAUACUGUGAACAUGAUGUCAUUGUGUUUGUGACACAGGAGGUUGGUGGCACCUUAAUUGGGGAGAACAGGUUUGUGGUAAUAACUGGAGCAGAAUCGGUGGAAUAGUAUCAAAUACAUCAAACACAUGGUUUCCAGGUGUUUGCCAUUCCAUUUGCUCCGUUCCGGCCAUUAUUAUGAGCCGUUCUCCCCUCAGCAGCCUCCUGUGGUUUGUGUGUAUUGAUUUGUAUGGUACUUGGUGUUGUGUACUGUAUGGGUGCUUGUGUGAGUGACUGUGUAUACAGUAUUUGACCUCUAUCUGUGAGAAUCUUUAUGUUUAUGCAUGUGGCGUGUAUCUGUGUUUGUGUGGUUGUUUGCUUGUAUUGCAUGUCUCUCUGUGUGUGUUUGUGUGUGUGUUGUGAGGUGCAGUGAAGCUUGCAGAGAGGCAUGCUGCUUGUCUUUGUCUCACUUUCACAGGCCAGUUAAUUGCAUGCUCUCUUCCUCUGGUGUGUCAGUGGAUUGUUGUAUCCGCUCCCUACUCACACAGCCUGAGGAGAAGAUCCAGCAGGAUACACACGCACACAGAUAAGCACAGACACACUCAUUACUUCACCAGCUGCUGAGUGUCUGUGGCUCUACUACAGUCUUAUUCUCUCUCUCGCUCGCUCUCUUUUAGCUAGGGGGUAUGCAGCCUCAAAUGAGGUUACAACAGGACACAGAUUGAGAUCUGCGAGUGUGUUUGUUUGUGUGUGUGCGCAUGUGCUGGUCUAGCUGGAGUGUGUGUCGUGUUCUGUCGGUGCAAACCGGCUCUGACUGACUCGAUGUCAAUAUGCCCUCACUCCUCUCUGUGGAGCAUGCUCAGUUGGUGUGGUCCUGUUCAGUCUGGAAUUACUGUACACAAACACACACCCGCCAGAAUCACUUCUGACCGCCAACUGUGAAGCAGAGACCACAUCACACAAGCUCAUUUAACAUUCACAUCUAGCCAAACAAUUGAACAGCGCUAAAUUACCUAACACCUCAACCGGAUAAAGGAAUGUUUUUGUCCUUUCUGCUCUGUCAGCACCAGCUUUCAAGAGUGGGAAACAACGUGAGAAAAUGAAAAUGCAUUUAGUACAGAGAGAGAAGCUGGGUCUGUGGAACGAUAUGUUGGCGAAGUUUAAGAGGAGGAGUUCCAAGUUGAAUCUGGUGUUGUGAGCUCCCUAGGGGCCAGGGCUCGACUGGUAAUGAGGGGCCGUUGUGACGGAAAAUCACUGUGUGUGCGUGCGUGCAUUCUUGCAGGAAAAGGUCACCGUUACCUGGCUGGCCCUGCAGCCUCCAACCUUUUUUUAUUUUUUUAAACUUGAUCCCUUUGUACUCUUUAGAGCAUCAGUCCAUCCACUGUGGCAUAUUCACACUGUUUCGCGGAGUAUUCUGCAUCAUCUCUCUCUCUGUCUCCCUGUGUGAUGUUUGAAAGAUGGGAUGAACGGUGUGUGCGCUUCCAUAACUGUGCACCUAUUUGUACUAAGUGUUUGCGAAAGCAGUGUCUUUUGAAGAUUGCACAAGUGCAGUGCAGCAUUGUUGAGGCCGUGGUGGUGUUAACAGUAACACUGGUUGGUUGUUGUGUCCUUGGUUAACACUGGUGGGUUGUUGUGUGUCCUUUUGUUGCAGGUAGUGCUGAGCGAUUAGUGCUUUUAGAGGUCGGUUCGGGUUCAGUUUUUGAAAAAUAGUCACGUUUUUCAAUUUUUAUUAUGCAUUGUCUGAAUGCUCUAACAACACAGAAUAAAACAAUUAAUAAAGGCCUGAUGGUGACUGAUCAUUACGGCUAAUCACUUAUUAACCUUUAUUUAUUCACAUUACUUUAAUAUAAUAUUUCAGUUGUUGUGUAUAUAACUUUAUUAUUUCCUUUCAAGCAGUGGUGUAAUGGUGCCUGGUGAAGUGGGUAUGCUCUAAUUUUGCCCAAAAAUUCCCAAAUGGCCAGCCCUCCUAUGAUUUCCUCUAGAUAUUUUUGGUUUUCACUCUCAAAAUCACACUGUCUUUUACAUUAAAAAAAAAUAGUUUUAAGUCCACAACAAUGCUUAAACCACAUCAAGAGACCAUUUGAAGUAUGGGAAAAAUCUAAAAUAUAUAUUUUGGGGAGGUCGUAGUUGCCCUUUAAUUCAAUUGCACACCUAGCAGGAGACAGUUUGGCUAGGGUGUUUCUGUACUACUGUACAAUGUCCUACAUGUGAAAGUAGAGUUUGCAAACAAAUGCCCUCCCGAAUUAUACAAAUCAUCAUGAUAUCAACUUUUUCAAUACCUGGUUUACAUACCCAUUGUUGCCUUAGUUAGCAUUUACUGGUAAAUAUACGUUUAAACGUCUUUCUACCCUACUGGCUACCAAUGUCGUUCUUAAGUGAGCUGCUCCAUGCUUCUUAGAGAAACGAUGCGUUGAGCUCACAGAAGGAAAAAAAAAUACUAAAUGGAAUUCGAGUAAUUGAACCGACAUCAGUCAAUUAGUUGUUUAAAAAACUAAAAAUAACAAAAAUGUUGGCUAAUAGCUCAGCACUAGUUGCAGGUGUCUGAUAAGUUUGGUUGAUUAAACACUUUUGGUUGUUGUCCUUGUGUUGCAGGUGUCUAAUAUGUUUUGGUUCUUGUGUGUCUUUGUGUUGCAGGUGUCUGAUAAGUUUGCCUUCAGCCUGUUUGACCUGGACUGGGAUGUGUUUAUGCAGCACAUAGCGGGAGCUAUCAACAGAGUCCCCGCUCUGGAGCAGACUGGCAUCAAAUCCACUGUCUGUGGACCAGGUAGGGACCUACAGUACUGUGUACACACACACACACACACACACACACACACACACACACACACACACACACUGAUAUGGUUCACACUCCCAUAAUCACUCCCUCAGUCAGUAAUUUACAGUGCCUUCAGAAAGUAUUCACACCCCUUGACCUUUUCCACAUUUUGUUGUGUUUAAUUGAGAUUUUGGCACUGCCUACACACAAUACCCCACAAUGUCAAAGUGGAAUUAUGUUUUUAGAAAUGUUUACACACUAAUAAAAAAAUGAAAUGCUGAAAUGUCUUGAGUCAAUAAGUAUUCAACCCCUUUGUUAUGGCAAACCUAAAUAAGUUCAGGAGUAAAAAUGUGCAUAACAAGUCACAUAAUAAGUUGCAUGGACUCACUCUGUGUGCAAUAAUGGUGUUAAUAAGAUGAUUUUGGAAUGACUACCUCAUCUCUGUACCCCAGACAUAUUGUACAAUUAUCUGUAAGUUCCCUUAGUCGAGCAGUGAAUUUCAAACACAGAUUCAACCACAAAGACUAGGGAGGUUUUCCCAAUGCCUCACAAAGAAGGGCAUCUAUUGGUAGAUAAAAAAAAUUAAUAAAAAAAGCAGAAAUUGAAUAUCCCUUUGAGCAUGGUGAAGUUAUUAAUUACACUUUGGAUGGUGUAUCAAUACACCCAGUCACCACAAAGAUACAGGCGUCCUUCCUAACUCAGUUGCCGGAGAGGAAGGAAACCGCUCAGGGAUUUCACUGUAAAACAGUUAGUCACUGGGAGACAAAUUCACCUUUCAGCAGGACAAUAACCUAAAACACAUGGCCAAAUACAUUAUAUUCGGAAAAUUUUCAGACCUUCACUUUUCCUUAUUUUGUUAUGUUACAGCCUUAUUCUAAAAUGGAUGAAAAUAAUUAUUUUCCUCAUCAAUCUACACACAAUACCCCAUAAUGACAAAGCGAAAACAGGUUUUUAGAAUUUUUGGCAUAUAAAAAACAAAAAAACAAAUGUCUUAUUUACAUAAGUAUUCAGACCCUUUGCUAUGACACUCGAAAUUGAGCUCAGGUGCGUCCUGUUUCCAUUGAUCAUUGUUCAUGUUUCUACAACUUGAUUGGAGUCCACCUGUGGUAAAUUCAAUUGAUUGGACAUUAUUUAGAAAGGCGCGCACACACCUGUCUGUAUAAGGUCCCACAGUUGACAGUGCAUGUCAGAGCAAAAACCAAGCCAUGAGGUCGAAGGAAUUGUCCGUAGAGCUCCGAGACAGGAUUGUGUCAAGGCACAGAUCUGGGGAAGGGUACCAAAACAUUUCUCCAGCAUUGAAGGUCCCCAAGAACACAGUGGCCUCCAUCAUUCUUAAAUGGAAGAAGUUUGGAACCACCAAGACUCUUCCUAGAGCUGGCCGCCUGGCCAAACUGAGCAAUCGGGGGAGAAGGGCCUUGGUCAGGGAGGUGACCAAGAACCCGAGUUCCUCUGUGGAGAUGGGAGAACCUUCCAGAAGGACAAGCAACUCUGCAGCACUCCACCAAUCAGGCCUUUAUGGUAGAGUGGCUAGACGGAAGCCACUUCUCAGUAAAAGGCACAUGACAGCCCGCUUGGAGUUUGCCAAAAGGCACCUAAAGGUCUCUCCGACCAUGAGAAAUAAGAUUCUCUGGUCUGAUGAAACCAAGAUGGAACUCUUUGGCCUGAAUGCCAAGUGUCACAUCUGGAGGAAACCAGAUACUGCUCAUCACCUGGCCAAUAACAUCCCUACGGUGAAACAUGGUGGUGGCAGCAUGCUGUGGGGAUAUUUUCCAGUGGCAGGGACUGGGAGACUAGUCAGGAUAGAAGCAAAGAUGAACAGAGCAAAGUACAGAGAUCCUUGAUGAAAACCUGCUCCAGAGUGCUCAGAACCUCAGACUGGGGCGAAGUUCAUCAUCCAACAGGACAACGACCCUAAGCACACAGCCAAGAAAAAACAGGAGUGGCUUUGGGACUAGUCUCUGAUUGUCCUUGAGUGGACCAGCCAGAGCCCGGACUUGAACCCAAUCGAACAUCUCUGGAGAGACCUGGAAAUAGCUGUGCAGCGACACUCCCCAUCCAACCUGACAGAGCUUGAGAGGAUCUGCAGAGAAGAAUGGGAGAAACUCCCCAAAUACAGGUGUGCCAAGCUUGUAGCGUCAUACCCAAGAAGACUCAAGGCUGUAAUCGCUGCCAAAGGUGCUUCAACAAAUGUACUUAUGUAAAUGUGAUAUUUCCGUUUUUUUAUUUUUAAUACCUUUGCAAAAAAUUCUAAAACCCUUAAUUUUUAUUUUUGUCAUUAUUGGGUAUUGUGUGUAGAUUAGAUUGAUGGGGGGGGGGGAACAAUUUAAUCAAUUUUAGAAUAAUGUAACAUAACAAAAUGUGGAAAAGUUAAGGGGUUUAAAUACUUUCCGAAUGCACUGUAUACACUGGAGUUGCUUACCCAACUGACAUUGAAUGUUCCUGAGUGGCCUAGUUACAGUUUUGACAUAAAUCGGCUUGAAAAUCUAUGGCAAGACUUGAAAAUGGCUGUCUAGCAAUAAUGAACAACCAACUUGAUAGAGCUUGAUGGAUUAAAAAAAAAAAAAAAGUGCAAAUAUUGUACAAUCCAGGUGUGCAAAGCUCUUAGACUUACCCAGAAAGACUCACAGCUGUAAUCACUGCCAAAGGUGAUUAUAGCAUGCAUUUACUCAGGGGUGUGAAGAAUUAUGUAAACGAGAUUUCUGUAUUUCAUUUUCAAUAAAUGUGAACAAAAAAACUACAAUUUCAUCAAUUUUGAAUUCUCUGUAACACAACAAAAUGUGCAGUAGGUAAAGGGGUAUGAAUACUUUCUGAAGGCACUGUAUUAAAAUUCAGACACUCCUAAAAGACAAACAAUGAUUUGUUAUACAACAUUCUUUCACACGCAAUUACAAACGCUGACAGACAUCAACACUCAUUUAAUAUACAGUCCUCCAAAGAUAUUUGCCACAUCUCUCUCUCUCUCUCUCUCUCUCUUUUAACCCCCCACCUACAGCUAACCCCAAUAGUUCCCCUCUGUCAUAUUUGUAUUCCUCAUAUCUGUCCUGUGGCCUCUCAUUUGGAUCAGUGUUGAACUUUGACCGUAGUCUGGUGACUUGGGACAGACUGUGUGUCUGAACUGACCGAGGUUGGUGUCUCUGAGACAGGAGGAUAUCACUGGUCAAGGCCCGUUGCCCGUGAGAGGCUUGAGUCUAUGGACUCUGUGAGUCCAGGGAAUACAGUCCCUCAGCUCUCAUGAGAGCUGACAGGUGUGAAAAACUGUGUGACUUUGGGGAAGAGAGGCGAUCGACUGGUAAGAGACUGGUGAAAGACCUACCUGGUUGUCUGGUGGUUUCACACUAGCGGUAGACUGGAUCUCCAGGCAUCCUCACUCACACUUAAGUCCCGUGGUGUCUGUCUGUCUCUCUCUCUGUCUCGCUCGCUCUCUCUGUCUCGCUCGCUCUCACAAUCUCUUUCUCUUCUGUCUUUCUGUCUCUCUAUCAGUCAGUGGUGGGAUUGAAUUGAUCCUGACCAGUGUUUAAUCAGCAUCUGUUAGAAUCAUGCUGGUUUGUUAACUUUCAUCUGUCUGGUCCUGACUCACUGAAAAUGGACAUGAUGAGAGGAUGCUAGCAGAUACCCAUAGACUUCCAGUCAUUGCGCUAAUGCUAGUUAGCAUUGGUUUGCGAAACUAAUCCUGAAGUAUCCCUUUUAAACAUUUUUAACAUCUAAACGUUCACUCCCCUAGUGCACGUCUGUAUUCAUGAGCACUCCUUCUGGACCUCUGCAUGUGCCCAUUCAUGCGCGUGUUUUUAUGUGCUACUUAAUGUAUGUACAAAAUACACAUUUAUGUUUUGUUUUUAAGCCAGCAUGGCUGCUAACUCCCCAGUGAAAGGGUUGUGUCGCUCAGGGUUGUCGCUCACCACUACAAAACAAACAAAAGCCUGUUAUUUCUGUGUGUUUGUUUCUUAGUGGCGAAUUAAUACCUUAUAGGCAGUUACACGUCUCCCUAGAGAGGCCAGUGUGGAUGUGAGCGACGCCUACCUCAGACUUGAUUUCUUACUAAGGGUCCCAGUGAAAUCUGACCUUGGGUGAAAGCCUGAAAAGUGAGUGGGAAGGUCACCUAUUUGCCUUAAGGUACCUUAGUUUGAGGAGCUAUGCGUAAGCUGUGAUGCUAUUCUGCCCUGUUCUGUUCUGUGAGACGCCCUACUUAUUGGAGAGGAGAGCUCUGGGUGCUCUCAUACUCUAGUAAUUAUCCCUCAUGUGGAAUAAUGGCAAAGGUGUGUUCAGAUCUCCCAUCUGCCACCGCUCUCUCUUUCCUUACCCUCUUAAUGUUCUCUCUCUCGAUUACGUCGGUCUGUGUGGUGAGAUGGAGGUCAUAGUCGAGUAGCGUUUGGCUCAACUAACCAAGAGUGGAUAAGACAUGUUUGGGGGUGGGGUGGGUGGGGGGGGGAGGUAAUACUUAAUUGUAAUUCGAUUAUUUAUUUAUUUUAUUUAUUAAAAUGCCUUGUCUUCAGCAUUGUGAAUAGAUUAGACUCUAGAGACUGUAGAUAUUCACAUAGUGGUGACCAGAGCCAUAGAUGUAUCACUAUACUGUACAUGGCUCUGGUGGUGUUUCAGAAUGGAUGGAAAGGUCCCUUAACACUACGUGUAUCUUUUUUUACCCAGAAUCAUUCACAGCGGACCACAAGCCCCUGAUGGGUGAGGCUCCAGAGGUCAGGGGAUUCUUCCUGGGCUGCGGCUUCAACAGUGCAGGUGAGUGACUCUAACACACACACACACACACACACACAGUGCAUGUGAGUAUUGGAGGAACCAAGAAGAAUACAUUAUUGAUCUAUUUUCCGUACAGUCCACGGAAAUUUCUUUUUGCUUUUAACCCAACACCCCAAGACACACACACCCGAGGGGUGGAAGCACAGGGUCAGCUGCAGUGCAGGAACGAGGCCAGAGGGAGGAGUGGAUGUUUGGGUGAAUGGUGGUUAUAUGGGAUGUACAGUUGAAGUCGGAAGUUUACAUACACCUUAGCCAAAUACAUUUAAACUCAGUUUUUCACAAUUCCCGACAUUUAAUCCUAGGACAAAUUCCCUGUCUUAGGUCAGUUAGAAUCUCCACUUUAUUUUAAGAAUGUGAAAUGUCAGAAUAAUAGUAGAGAGAAUAAUUUAUUUCAGCUUUUUAUUUCUUUCAUCACAUUCGCAGUGGGUCAGAAGUUUACAUACACUCAAUUAGUAUUUGGUAGCAUUGCCUUUAAAUUGCCCUUAACUUGGGUCAAACGUUUCGGGUAGCCUUCCACAAGCUUCCCACAAUAAGUUGGGUGAAAUUUGGCCCAUUCCUCCUGACAGAGCUUGUGUAACUGAGUCAGGUUUGUAGGCCUCCUUGCUCGCACACGCUUUUUCAGUUCUGCCCACAAAUGUUCUAUAUGAUUGAGGUCAGGGCUUUGUGAUGGCCACUGCAAUACCUUUACUUUGUUGUCCUUAAGCCAUUUUGCCACAACUUUGGAAGUAUGCUUGGGGUCAUUGUCCAUUUGGAAGACCCAUUUGCGACCAAGCUUUAACUUCCUGACUGAUGUCUUGAGAUGCUGCUUCAAUAUAUCCACAUAAAUUUCCUUCCUCAUGAUGCCAUCUAUUUUGUGAAGUUCACCAGUCCCUCCUGCAGCAAAGCACCCCCACAGCAUGAUGCUGCCACCCCUGUCCUUCACGGUUGGGAUUGUGUUCUUCGGCUUGCAAGCAACCCCCUUUUUCCUCCAAACAUAACGAUGGUCAUUAUGGCCAAACAGUUCUAUUUUUGUUUCAUCAGACCAGAGGACAUUUCUCCAAAAAGUACGAUCUUUGUCCCCAUGUGUAGUUGCAAAACGUAGUCUGGCUUUUUUAUGGCGGUUUUGGAGCAGUGGCUUCUUCCUUGCUGAGUGGCCUUUCAGGUUAUGUCGAUAUAGGACUCGGUUUACUGUGGAUAUUGAUACUUUUGUACCGGUUUCCUCCAGCAUCUUCACAAGGUCCUUUGCUAUUGUUCUGGGAUUGAUUUGCACUUUUUGCACCAAAGUACGUUCAUCUCUAGGAGACAGAACGCGUCUCCUUCCUGAGCGGUAUGACGGCUGCGUGGUCCCAUGGUGUUUAUACUUGCGUACUAUUGUUUGUACAGAUGAACGUGGUACCUUCAGUCAUUUGGAAAUUACUCCCAAGGAUGAACCAGACCUGUGGAGGUCUGCAAUUCUUUUUCUGAGGACUUGGCUGAUUUCAUUUGAUUUUCCCAUGAUGUCAAGCAAAGAGGCACUGAGUUUGAAGGUAGGCCUUGAAAUACAUCCACAGGUACACCUCCAAUUGACUCAAAUUAUGUCAAUUAGCCUAUCAGAAGUUUCUAAAGCCAUGACAACAUUUUCUGGAAUUUACCAAGCUUUUUAAAGGCACCGUCAACUUAGUGUAUGUAAACUUCUGACCCACUGAAAUUGUGAUACAGUGAGUUAUAAUUGAAAUCAUCUCUCUGUAAACAAUUGUUGGAAAAAUUACGUGUGUCAUGCAGAAAGUAGAUGUCCUAACCGACUUGCCAAAACUAUAGUUUGUUAACAAGACAUUUGUGGAGUGGUUGAAAAACGAGUUUUAAUGACAGUUUUCCGACUUCAACUGUACAUGUCAUGGAUGUAUGUUACAGCUGUUUAAACAUUCAUGGAACCACUAUAUGCUUGCCAGCACACACCAACAAACACUUACGUUUCACUCUAAACUAACCUAUAGUGAACCCAAACUACGUGGACCACUGAGUCCAGAGAGACCACACACGGGUGCUCCUGUGUCACACUUCAUUAGUCCAUCCCCCAAAGAUCAAUGCAUCAUGGGAGGUUAAACUCUGACCCUGUUCAUGGCAGAUCAGCUACUUACACCGCCAGCUACGGUCUCAGAGUGAUGCUGCCUGCUCUGCUCAGUCUCUCUCUCUCUCUCUCUCUCUCUCUCUCUCUCUCUCUCUGCAAAAAAUGUCAUGCCUCUCCCUCUCCACACACACAGAGUACCGCUGUGUCUGAUUCAUUUACACACUUAACACAUGGUAUGUGUCCCAAAUGCCACCAUAUCCCCUUUAUAGUGCCCUACUUUUGACCAGGGCCUUUAGGGAAUAGGGUGCCAUUUGGAACGUAACCAUGGCCUUUUUGCCUGCUGGCUCAGCUGGGGUUUUAUACAUUUUCUAUACAGCUCACUCACUCACACAAUAGCCUUCCUUUUACCAGAAGCCUUUUAAAGAGGGGGAAGAUGGAAGGGGGGAGGAGAAAGACAGAGCGGGGAGUGGGACAGGGAAAUAGACGGGCAGGGACAGAAAGAGAUUGAGAGGGAGAGAACAAAAGAAGGAGGGGAGCGAAUGGUGUGAAAGACGCUGAGCCCAGAGGCAGCAGUCGACCGUGGCGUAGAGUGGUUCUAGUACUCUGUCCUCUAGUGUUGUGCUGACGUAGCCUGAUGUGGCUGUCCCUGAACACAUGUCCCCAACGCUGGGUUACCCUCUCUGUGUCACCUUCCCCCACUCCCCCUUUCCCUCCCUACCAGCUGUGGCCCAAUCCCAAAUCCUCCCAUAAGCCCUGGAACCUAUGCACUUGUGGAGUUCAGGUGUAAUCAAUCUGGCUCCAUAUUGCCCUCUGAUAGGCUAGUUUCCCUAUGUUGCUUAUACCAAUCCAAUCCUCUCAGAUCUCAACAAGUGCAUAGGUUGUAGGGUUUAGUGGAUCAUUUUGGAUUGGCUCACUGUCUGUCUGUGUGUGCCCUAAGGCCAGGUCACUAGUUCUGCACCACUUUCCCCCCUCCUUCAUGUCACCUCUCUAUCUGUGUCUCUCUGUCUCUCCCCCCCCCCCCCCCCCACCACAGGUCAAUCCUGCACCCCUCAACCCCUGUCUCACCUUGCUUCCCCUUCCUCACACCUCCACCUUACAUAUCCCCCAUUAUUAUGUCAGUCCCUGGCCAAGCCAGCCAAUGUACUGUUCUACCUCUGUUGUGUUUAGCCUUGUGAAUAUUUUUGACUUUUUUUUUGGAUAGAUUACCGAUGAGUUUGGGUCACCUUUUCUCUCUCUUAUCUGCACUGAUCUCUAAUGACAAAGCAUUAUGAUAGGACGUUUUCUUUCCCCAGUCUGGCCUGUCUGUGUAGAUCAGAUCAGUGCAGAUUAAUGGAAGGAGAUGAGGAAGAGACACUGUGGAGGACACGGUUGACUACACACUGAGAUCGUUGCAGUUCCACUUCUCAUAGUGAAGCAUCCUCUCAACACACUCCACAUACACACAUACUCCUCUGAGGGAAUAUUUGUCUGCUAAGGUUUUGCCUUCUAAGGGCCUUUUGGAAUCUCCUUCAGUGUGCUUUGCCUGUGUCUGAAUGUUUGCGUUUUUCUGUACCGCCUUGUGUGGUUUGGUGGGUGGGUGUUUUUAUUUAUGUGUGCAAGUGUGUAUGGAGAUGUGCGUGUAGCCUAGUUUCGAGGAGGCCAUCACACGGCCUGCGUCUUCCUUCCCUGCUGGCUCCUCCUCUCCUCCCAUCUCUCAUCACUUGGCUCGUUCUCCACUGCUGUCGCUCAGGGCUGGGCCUGCUUGGGUGGGGGGGAUAGAGGGAUGAAGGGGGGGGGGGGGAUAGAGGGAUGAAGAGGGGGAGGAGGGAUAGAGGAGGAGCUCUCCCAAGACACUGUCCGUCUCUGUCGAUGCUGGAGCGAACGAGACUGGAACAUCGGCGCGAACGUCAACUUAGAUAUCCCAGAGUGCUUUGGUGUCCCGGCUCAUCGUGUGGGUGUGGUUCCUCCUCCCAGUCUUCCCCCUCCUCCCCCGCUGUGAGACACCUGCUGGGGGUGACGUGAUCCCUCUUGGCUGAGCAGACUCUCCCUGUGAAGUGAACAACCAGACAGUAAUGUCUCUCUCCCUCUUAAUCUUUCUCGCUCCUCUCUCUCUCGUCUGUCCUCUCCUCUGCCUCCAUCCCUCCUCUCCUCUCUCUCUCUCUCUCUCUCUCUCUUCUCUUCUCUCUCUCUCUCUCUCUCUCUUCGUCUCGUCGUCUCUCUCUCUCUCCUCUCUUCUCUCUCUCAUCUCUCUCUCUCUGUUCCUUGCUCUCUUUCUCUCCCUCUUUCCAUUUUUCCCUUUUUCCUUCUUCUCUCUCUUCCUCUCUCUCUCUCCUCACACUACAAACACCCUCUCUCUCCUCUCAUCUCCUCUGACAUUUACAGAAAUACCGGCAGUGAUUGAGGCUGCUUUUGAAAGGAGAACCGAGAACAGUCGGCCCCCGUCGCUCGCUUUUGGUCCCCUCCCUCCCUUUCUUUGUGCUAAAGCAGAAGGCUGUGUGGGCCAGGCUGAUUGAGUCACGGUGUACCGUGUUGGCACCCUGGGUCAUGCCAUGCCAUCCUCACACAAAUAUAAACAACUAACAACAAAGCUAUGCUGCUGCUUCUAACUCGAGUCAAUCUGUUUUGCUCCCAUGAUGCCCCUUUUUGUGUUAUUUGUCAACAACAUCAGCAGUCCAUGAACUGACUUGUAUGCGCACCUUCCUGGAAUAUUCCUGUGGAAUAUUUCAGAGGCAGCACCAUACCAAACACUCUCUGAGAGCUGAAGUUUUUCUGACCUCUAACCUGCCCAGAUAACUUUACCCAACCCAUACCUCUCCAGCUGUCUUUGGAGUUAAGGAACAUUGGGAAAAAGUACCCAAUUGUCAUACUUGAGUAAAAGUAAAGACACGUUAAUAGAAAAUGACUCAAGUAAAAGUGAAUGUCACCCAGUAAAAUACUACUUGAGUAAAAGUAUUUGGUUUUAAAUAUACUUAAGUAUCAAAAGUAAAAGUUUAAAUAAUUUCAAAUUCCUUAUAUUAGGCAAAACAGGCAGCACGAUUUUCUUGUUUUUUUAUUGCGGAAAGCUAGAGGCACACUCAGAAAUAAUUUACAAACAAAGCAUUUGUGUUUAGUGAGUCCGUCAGAUCAGAGGCAGUCGGGAUGACCAGUGAUGUUCUCUUGAUAAGUGUGUGAAUUGGACCAUUUUCCUGUCCAGCUAAGCAUUCAAAAUGUACCGAGUACUUUUGGGUGUCAGGGAAAAUGUAUGGAGUAAAAAGUACAUUAUUUUCUUUAGGAAUGUAGUGAAGUAAAAGUAAAAGUUGUCAAAAAUAUAAAUGGUAAUGUACAGAUACCCCAAAAAACUACUUGAAGUAGCACUUUAAAGUAUUUUUACUUAAGUACUUUACACCACUGGUCAAAAUAAGCACUUUGCUGUUCUAUGAGUGUCGAGAUAUAAAGGACCACAUUAGCUACAAAGUACUCUGGAAACUCACCCCUGUUAAGCAUCCUCCACCCCCUCUCCUCCGGCCCUGUUUGGUUCUGGAGGGGGUCCCAGAUCUGUUGGAGGGGGACAGGCGACGCACGACUGGUGGGCUGGAUGAUGGCGGUAGUUAAUUAGUGAGGCUGUGUUGCUGGGCCCAUUUUAAUGAGUGUUUGUCUGUGUCUAUCUCAUCUGUCUUGUCUGUCUGCUAACAUGCAAAACGUCCUUCAGAGACACUGCUAGCCAGGCCAGCCAGCUAGACCGCCGUACUACACACUGAGACACACAGCCUCUCUCCUCUCCACCCUCUGUCUCUGUUUCACCCUGUUCUUUUCACUCAUCGCUGUCUGUCUCUCUCUCUUUCUCUGUCUCUCUCUCUCUCCCCCUGCCACAUCUCACCCCUUAUUCUAUUCUCUCUUUUUUUCCUUCUCCAACUAUUCUCAUGGGGGGGGGGGUGCCUGUUUUGCUUAAUUUGCCAUUAAUACGUGUCACAUAUCAGUUUGCAAACAAUGUAAAAAUAUAUAUAUAUAUAUAUAAUGAUAUUGAGUUAAUAAAGCCGUAUACAAACGUGGUCUCGCUUUUGCUUUCUUGAGUAAGGCAGCUCCAAAAUGCAGUUGUUUCAGCUUAGAUCAGUGCAUUCUGUGGUGGUGGGGCAGCCAGUGGAAAUACAGAGCAUAGGGGUUGGUAAUGUUCUCUAGUUGCGCCAUGAUUGGCUCAGUGUUCUGUCACUCAUGGGGACACUAUGUCACCGUAAAAUCUACGGGGAGAGCUCAAAUUCAAGGCCCUUGGGUGCUGCCAUAGAGUUACAUUAGAAGUGCCCAUCCAAGAAGGCUGUCAUUGGCCACAGAUAAAAUACAGUAGCUUUGAUUGGACUGAUCAUGUCAACAUCAUACUUUCAAAGUCUUAGCUAGCAAGCUAGCAGUCAUCAUCAUGAAUGAAGUCGACAAUCUACUGGAGAUAAAACCUCUCGGUGCUCAUCGGCCAUUGGAUAUUAGCAUUACAUAAGUCGGAAAUUGCAAAUUCAACAAUGAGUGGUUUGGAAGGAAGCAGUGCUAGCGUUGCAAAGCAAUCACUAUUUUGCUUCCCCUGCCUGCUAUUCAGUGGAGAGCGUGUGCGGUCCAAGUCUGGGAUUAAGGAUUUAAAACAUAGAAGACAACACUGUUAAACUGGGAUAACCGGGGAAAUUAAACAUUGUGGCUCAGCUAGACACCGCAUGUAGACGAGCCAUCGACCUCCACAACCAACAAACGGAGGAGAAUAGGUACGUGCUUGCCAGAAUUGUAGCAUGCAUUAAAUUGUAUGGCAAUUGUGAGACAGCACUGCGGGGCCAAGACGAGUCGGCCGACUCCUUGAACACAGGCGUUUUCAGGUGUAUUUUUGAGACCAUGUGUGAAGGCGAUUACAGGCUACAAAGGCAUUAUGACGAUCAACCAAUUUUUAAGGGUGAAUCAAGCAAGAUCCAAAACUAACGUUUGGAUUGUAUGUAUGAAGUGUAAAGAGAAGCAAUAGCUAAGGAGGUGUCUGAGACUCCUUUUGCGUCUGUACAGGCAGACGAGACCACUGACGUCUCCUAUAAAUCACAGAUGGUAAUAGUGCUGCGCUACAUGUUACCAGACAACAGUGUGUGUGAGAGGUUUUUGUAGAGGUGAAAGGCUAAACUGGUGUUGGCCUCUACAAUACCAUCAAACAAGUCCUAGCGCCACUGAAUGUCAAGGAGAAGCUGGUUGCACAAACCUAAGAUGAGUGGUAAUGUACGUGGUGUCCAAACGCUACUGAAGGAUUCCUUUCUGACCGCAGUGUGCUACCAAGCUAUGGCCUGUGGGCAACCAGGAGAAGUUGAAAAGGGAGCUGUUCACUGUCUACCGGCAUCACGAGCUGCUCACUGGAAAGACAGCACUUUCUUUAUUGAAAUCACCCUACGAGAACAACCUGCAGGAGGCCUUGUCUGAGACGGUCUCUCGUCUCAAAAUCACCACUCCGAUGACAACCGCCGAGUCAGAGAGAAACUUUUCCACCCAUAAAAGGAUAAAAACCUUCAUACGCAACUCCAUUGGCCAGAAAAGGUUAAAUGCAUUGGCCAUGCUGUCAAUCCAGGAUGACUUCAUCCAGAGGAUGCCAGACUUUGAUGACAAAGUACUUGAGAAGUUUGCCCUCAAGAAGGACCACCUUGCCAACUUCCUGUUUAAGUGAGCACAGCACAACAAUGGUGAGUCCAUAAAUAUGUCUUGGAUGCUGCUGCAUAAGUGAUGUAAUAUGCCAGGGAGAUGUGUUUACUGCAGCUAAGAAAGGAAUACUAAGUGUAUGUUAUGUAGUAAGCAGUUAGUAGCCCAUGUGCCUCACCCUAAUAAUUUGGAUCCUUUCCCCCUCAUAACUUAGCCUACUGUUCUGACCUGGUGGUGCACAUGUAGCCUAUAGCCUGUUUUAGAGAAAUCUCAUCUUCGAAUAUUGUAACAGCUUUCAUUGCCUGCUUACCUGCCCACAUUGUAACAGCUUUCAUUGCCUGCUUACCUGCCCACAUUGUAAGAGCUUUCAUUGUCUGCUUAUGUGUCCCUGUUAAUUUAGCCUACGGUUCUGACUUGGUGUACAGGGAGUUGUUUUGUUUGCGCAAUGCGCUGUAAAAGUGGAUCCUCGUGAUUUGUAUUGUUCUUCCUUUUUAGACCAUGUAGGCCUAAUAAAAUACUUCAAAUGUUAGGCUAACCGCUGAGUAUGGGUCUCUCUCUCUCUCUCUUUCUCUCUCUGUGGUGACUUAAAGAAUAGUAAAGUGAAGGCCUCAACAUCUUGCUGAAUUUAUCUGAACUAAUAUCUAUCUGAAUUUCUGUCACUGUCCAUUUUGAAAUUGCUGAAGAAAUAAGUCUACCUCAUCGCAGUUUGCUUGAACUUGCUUAUACUUAGAACUAAGUGUUAAUUAUAUAAGAAUAAACAUUGUGAAUUUACUGAACAUAAAUGUAAUAAUGUUUGUGUAUGGUUCAAAAGUCAAAACUCAUGUCGACCUUCAUUAUUAUUGAAGGAGAAUGUGGUUCUUAUCCAGUUACACAAAUUCACCAGGAGCCAGUAGAGACCAUAUUUAUUUAAGCAAGUCAGCCAUAAGCUCCACUUUCAGGACAGCUUUAUGUAGACCCUAAAAGUUUGUGGGCACCGUUUGUCACCGUUAUAGUGCAUUUAAUGAAUUGUUUAGAGUUGUGUAGUGGCUUCGCUGGCAUGCAUCAAAAAAUGUUUUUUGGGCCCCACCAAGAUUGACAUACUAAAAUCGCCACUGGUUGAGUGAUCCUCUACCUCUCCUCCCCUGUCACCUGGCCUUUUGAUGUUACAUCUGUGAUAUGACAUUAGUGAGAGCUGUAUUUUACGUCAGUGAUGGACAGACAGCCUCCCCUGUGUGUGCGCACCUUCAGAGCCCUGGCCUUGAGAGAGAGAGAGAGAGAGAGAGAUUGAUGAAGGCUAUCUAAGUGUGUGUGAUACUGAUCUAUCUGUGUGUGUGUUGCAGGUAUGAUGCUGGGAGGAGGCUGUGGCAGGGAGCUAGCCCACUGGAUCAUCCAUGGACGUCCUGAGAAGGACAUGUACGGCUACGACAUCAGGUAUGGACACACACACAGACACACACACACACACACACAGAGAGAGAGAUAGUUGUCAAAGCUCUCUUUCUCCUCAACAGGCGGUUCCACCACUCCCUGACAGACAACAAUAAGUGGAUCAGAGAGCGGAGUCAUGAGUCCUAUGCUAAGAACUACUCUGUAGUAUUCCCCUUUGAUGAGCCUCUGGCCUCUCGCAACAUGAGGACAGACCCCUUCCACAAGGUACUGCUUGGUCACCACAGGUCAUUGCUCCCCCUCUUAUCCACUACCUGACUGCCUUGUCUCUCUUCUCCUCCAACUCUUUUCUCACCUCACUCCCUUCUCCCUCCUCCACCUCUACUUUUUAAUCUUUCCUUUUCUCUCAUUUGUUAAUGUGACGCUGCAGUCUCUCUCUCUCUCUCUCUCUCUCUCUCUCCUCUCUCUCUCUCUCUCUCUCUCUCUCUCCCUCAUCUGUUCUACUAAGGCCUCUGUCUGGCUGGGAGGCUAAUCAAUGUUAACAUAUAAUAAUAGACAGACAGUCGUCUGGAUUUAAUUCAACUUAAAGAGAUAAAGGAGAGCAAUUCCCCGGGAGAGGAGGAGGAGAAAAGCAAGGUGCUCGGGUUCUUCUAUUCUAUUAGCCUCUCUAACCUCACCGUGCGAUUGGCUAAUUGACACAUUUAAUGUGAUGACAGAACAAAUGGAAAUUGUGUGUGUGUGUGCGUGCGUUUGUGUUGCGGGUGGGAGGGGGGUAGUGAUCUGUGUGUGCACGUGUGCACUCCUGUCUCUGUGUUUUAGUCUGUGUGUUUGUGAGUGAGCCCUGAAGCCAUACUCUACAACAGGGUUCUUCAAUUCCGGUCCUGGAGGGCCGAAACACUUCUGUUUUUUAUUUCUACCUGGUAGUUAAUUGCACUCACCUGGUGUCCCAGGUCUGAAUUAGCCCCUGGUUAGAAGGAGAGGAUGAAAAACAGAGGUGUUUCGGCCCUCCAGGACCGGAGUUGAAGAACCCUGCUCUACAACCACUGUAUACAAUAAAGUAGCUACCAUAUUUUCUCAUAGUAUGCCUCAAUUGACAUCUCAGCCAUUUGAGACAAUUACACUACAUCAUUAACAGAAUGAUUUAUAACCCCUCGCCGUGUCAUUUAAAGGAAGUGACACUUGAUAAAAAAAUAAUGAUCACGAUCGACAACACAUUCAAUUCAAACGUGCAAUUGUGUGCCUGAGGUAAGGUGUGUGUCUGUGUGUGUGUAGGACUUGUUGCUAAGCUGCUGAAUAAAGAGAUGGUGCACUGCAUAAGUGUUUCCAAAAAUACCACUUCUCCUCUCCUCUCGGUUAAUGUAGUGAGCAGAUCAUCCCACUUUGUAAUGGCCUGUUGAAUUCGAUCGUUAGCAAUAAAGCCACUAGCUGCUCAUCUAUUACAAGUGCAAUCCCUGCUAAGAUGGCCUCAAUAUUUUAUCAGUCUUAGAAUAAGAAAUACAGCUUCUCUCUCUGGGCUGAGUGCUGUGUGACUGUUGAUCAAGUGUGCUGUGCUGUGUUGUGCUCAAUAUAUAGUAUUCUCUUUUUAAUUUCAUUUGUGCUGUUUUGUUCUCAUCACAACACACUCAAUGGUUCAAAACACACUCACAAUAACAAAGGUUUUAUCUGUUGUUCCAGCUGACUGUUUAUCCAUCUGCAGUAUAAAGAUAAUAUUGGAUUAAAUCAGUGCUGCCCUCAGCUAACAGCUCCCAACUCGAAGUAAUGGAAGGGCUCCAUCGGCAUGGCAACGGCAAUCAAAACAGGCGCUGUUAUUUUUGGAACUAUAUCUACUGAACAAAAAUAUAAACGCAACAUGUAAAGUGUUGGUCCCAUGUUUCAUGAGCUGAAAUAAAAGAUCCCAGACAUUUUCCAUACGAACAAAAAGCUUAUUUAUCCAAAAAAAAAUGUACAUCCCUGUUAGUGAGCAUUUCUCAUUUGCCAAGAAAAUCCAUCCACCUGGCAGGUGUUGAAUAUCAAGAAGCUGAUUAAACAGCAUGCUCAUUACACAGGUGCAACUUGUGCUGGGGACAAUAAAUGGCCACUCUAAAAUGUGCAGAUUUGUCACACAACACAAUGCCACAGAUGUCUGAAGUAUUGAGGGAGUGUGCAAUUGGCAUGUUGACUGCAGGAAUGUCCACCAGAGCAGUUGCCAGAAAUGUAAUGUUAAUUUCUCUACCGUAAGCCACCUCAACGUUGUUUUAGAGAAUUUGGCACUACGUCCAACCGGCCUCACAUCCACAGACCACGUGUAACCACGCCAGCCCAGGACCUCCACAUCCAGCUUCUUCACCUGUGGCAUCGUCUGAGACCAGCCUCCUGGACAGCUGAUGAAACUGAGUGUUUCUGUCUGUAAUAAAGCCCUUUUGUGGGGAAAAACUCAUUCUGAUUGGCUGGGCCUGGCUCCCCAGUCGGUGGGCCUGGCUCCCAAGUGGGUUGGCCUAUGCCAAGUCAUGUGAAAUCCAUAAAUUAGGGCCUAAUGAAUUUAUUUCAAUUGACUGAUUUUCUUAUAUGAACUGUAACUCAGUAAAAUCUAAUAUUUGUUCCGUAUAAGUAUGAUACGGCAGCAUUAUUAUCAUUAUAAAAGCAGGAAAAUACAUGUUUUCUGGUUGAGAACACAGCAGCCCCUGUGACACCUCUCCGCUCCUGGCCAAGAGAGCCUUCCUUCAGAAUCUCAGAAUGAGGGGGAUCGCCUAGCAACCAGGGUUCUAACUGUUGAAAGAGAAAUGACUCAUUUCUAGGUACUUAAAAUAUUGGAGGCCAUUAGUGACCAAAGAAAAGUAAUGAUUAUGGUAAUUGUUCAAUAAUAAAGAUGAUGGUGACAUUAUGGUAUUAAUGUUAAUAGGAACUGUACAAUACAAGUUAUGAUAAUGCCUGAUGGUGAUACCAUUGUAUUAAAGCAUAAUAAUGCUGACUGUGGGUUAUAAGUGCAGGUAUGCUAAUGCUAGUUGUGUGACUGUAGGUGCUCUAUGGUAUUAGCAAAGAUAUUUAUAACCCAUAGAUAGUUAAUCUGUAUCGUUUACAGUGGGAGCAAAUGAAGCAUAGUGGGCAGAACAAACAAGGAGGUGGGCAGAGCCAAGCGCGAGCUAGCGAGGUCCUAUUGGUGCGUUGUAGCAUGUAUUUGCAUAUUUCCGUCAGGGAACGCCUCCUCUGUGAAGUGUACGUGUGCUCGACCUUGCACUCCUUCUAAACAACGGCAUUUUUUAAAACUUCGGCAAAGCUUCAAGUCUAUAAAACUUAGUGCACUGUGUUCGUAACAGAUUUGUAGUUUUGGGAACCAAAACAUUUAUUGAGAUCAGAUGUUUCGUUGAUUAGAAAAUUAGCAGAAUGUCGGCCCAGUUUCACCUAGUUCCAUCCUCUCCCACUAGCCAUGACUGGACUUCCUCUUCUUACGACCAUAUUUGGUAUUGAGAAAACGUUCUAAAUGGAUUCUUCAGUUUUAUAGCCCCUGUGACGUGUCUGGGUUUCCCCUUCUGUCCGUGUACCCCCGCACAUUGACUUGGUACCGGUACCCCUUGUAUAUAGCCUCAUUAUUGUUAUAGUUUAUUUAGUUAAUAUUUUCUUAACUCUAUUUUUCUUAACUGCAUUGUUGGUUAAGGGCUUGUAAGUAAGCAUUUCACGGUAAGGUCUACACCUGUUGUAUUCAGCGCAUGUGGCAAAUACAUUUUGAUUUGAUUUAGUGUGUGAAAGCUAAUUGUAAUGCUAAUUGUUGUGUGACUGUGUUUCUCUAGGUUCUGACGGAGCAGGGCUGUGUGUUCCAGGAGAGACAUGGUUGGGAGAGACCAGGAUGGUUCAACCGGGACGGUGCUGCUCCGGUAAGAAACACGCAUCUGAGCGGUUGCUGGUAUGAAAUCCUCGAUCUGUCUCCUGCUGUUGUGCCCUUGGGCAAGGCACUUAAACCCUAGAAACGGCUCCAGGGAUACCUGUCACAAUGGUUAAUAAUUGUUCUUCUUAAAAGGAUUUGAAAGCUUAGUACAGAGAAGAGAUGUAAGGUUUCUGACCAUUGACCUAAUGUGUGUUUUUUGUGGUUGUAGGUUCUGGACUAUGAUUGGUACGGGGCCUAUGAUAUUAGCAAGAACCAGAACUACAAAUACAAUGAGCUGCUUGGCAAGGAGUACACCUUUGACUACCCUCCACAUCACCAUGUGGUAAGCAUCUAUUUGUACUGGUUGGGUUAUUGUAAAGCACUUUGUGACAAAAUGUUGCUGUAAAAAGGGCUUCAUGAAAACAUUUGAUCGAUUUUUCAGCGGAAUUUUCUGUCCUUAAAGGGGUGUGUGUUUGUUUUUCAGAUCAAAAAUGAGUGUCUGAUGUGCAGACAUGGAGUCUCAGUGUUUGACAUGUCCUACUUUGGAAAGUUUUACCUCACCGGGCCAGAUGCUAAGAGGGCUGCCGAUUGGCUAUUCUCCGCCGAUGUCAACAAAGUUCCAGGUGAGUCUUCACGCAUGACUACCACAGAAUGUUUGCAUACACAAAAAUGCAUGCACACACACACACACCCACCCACACUGCUGUGAAAGGGCCCGCUGGCCCCUGAAUAAUGCAGCCCAGCAGUACCCAGUGAGGCAGGAGAGGAGAUACAGGACUAUUUAAAUUACAGAUGAGUUUUGAGGUACAGUCCAAUCCAUCUGCCCCCACACACAUCCUCUGAGUCAUGCUGCAUGUGAACACUGGAACAUUGUGGCUUUGGUCUCACUUAGUCAUAGUGAGGGGUCUUAGCUAACCUCAUGCCACCACAUGGCCUAGCCAUGACCGUGUGUCUAAACAGUAGGGUAUUCUUCAUCCCUAGGGCCCUGAGCUUCUCCUGAUUAGGAACAAUUGUUAUACAUAUAAUGUUGCAGGUCGGGUGACAUGGUCAGGUCCUACUAAUCAAUCAAUCAUUCAAUCAAAUGUAUAUAGCCCUUUCUAGAGCAACACUUGUCACAAAAUGCUUCACAGGACUACUCAUCACCCCUCCCUCCUAUGUAUUUACAUUUGAGUCAUUUAGCAGACACUCUUAUCCAGAGCGACUUACAGUUAGUGAGUGCAUACAUUAUUAUUAUUUUUAAUUUUUUUCAUACCCCCCCCGUGGGAAUCGAACCCACAACCCUGGCGUUGCAAACACCAUGCUUUACCAACUGAGCUACAUCCCUGCCGGCCAUUCCCUCCCCUACCCUGGACGACGCUGGGUCAAUUGUGCGCCGCCCCAUGGGUCUCCCGGUCGCGGCCGGCUACGACAGAGCCUGGAUUCGAACCAGGAUCUCUAGUGGCACUGCGCCACUCGGGAGGAUGUAUGUGUCCUCCCAUGUGCUGGUUUGAUUGACAGCUGGAUCCUUGUGUUGCAGGCUCAACUGUGUACACCUGUAUGCUGAACAAGAGAGGAGGAUCUGAGGCUGAUCUCACAGUCAGCCGGCUAGAGGCUGGCACUUCCAAACUGCCCCUGACACCAGAGUCCAACGGUAAGAGGAGAGUGGGAUGGGGAUUUCAUUCAUUUCAAUGUUCAUGUAUUAUGUAUUUGACAGGGACAUUGCACAUGUAUCAUUAAUCAUCAUCUGUGACUUACUUACCUCCUGUGACUUAACCUCAGAAAAUAUAUUCCACUUAGCAGACGCUUUUAUCCAAAGUGACUUAAAGUACAGUGAGUGCAUACAUUUUUAGUAUGUGUAUGUGAUCCCUGUGGAAAUGGAACCAACAACAUUGGCAUUGCUAGCGCUACACUCUCACCAACUGAGCCUCACAGGACCUAUUCAUAUUUUCAUGAACUCCUCUGACUUAACCUUAGAAUGGAUGUUCUCUGUAGAGACGCCCUUGUAGAAUAUUUAAGUAACACGGCAGUGCUACAGUAGCUUGCUUGUAACUAGCAGUGGUCAGAGACACAGUGGCCGUGUCCGAAAUUUGUCUUGCGUACUACUCACUAAAAUUACAUACUGCCCAGUCAAAGCUCUUCUCUGUCCUGGCACCCCAAUGGUGGAACCAGCUUCCCCCUGAAGCUAGGACAGCAGAGUCCCUACCCAUCUUUGGACUAUCUUCAAAGACUAAAUUAAAAGAAUCUAAAAAUAAAUAAAUACAAAUAAAAACUUUUGUGAACUAACACUCGCAGUUGACUUUUUCCCACUUACUAGCACAGACUUUCCUGAUUUAGCUACUUUAUUGAGGAAAAAUGUACUUACUAUGACUGUGAUACAGUAUGUGGUUGUCCCACCUAGCUAUCUAAAGAUGAAUGACUAACUGUAAGUUGCUCUGGAUAAGAGCGUCUGCUAAAUGACUAAAUGUGUACUGUAGAGAAACAUUUGUAGGAGGGCUUGGGGUGUAAUCACCAUGAAGUGUGGAAUAAAUGUAGAGACUUUUUCACCGGGAAUCGAUGAGUACAGACCUUCCUGCUUUUUGCUACCUUGAAGUAUUGCCUUGUCUAACCUAUUUUCCCAAUCUGCAAUGUUAUGUGGAUCGUUCCACGAAAAGAGUGCCUUUUGUGUCCCUUUUUGAUAUUUUAAGUAGAAAUUGUGCACCAAUAUUGCAUUUUUAUUUCUCCAAGUUUUCACCAUCAUUGUAAAGACCCUAGUUAUGUUGCUAACCUACAAUAAUUACAUACAACAACCCACGAUAACUACCUACAAUACCUAACUACAAUCUAAAUUCAUAGUUUAAGCUUUACUCGACAAAGCCCAAACUAUGUAUAUAAGCCAAGCUUACCUCCCACCAGAGAGAGACACAACCUCACCCGACGACGACCUAUUUGUACGUAACUCAAGCUGAACCUCGGCAAGACGGAGCUGCUCUUCCUCCCGGGGAAGGACUGCCCGCUCCAUGAUCUCGCCAUCACGGUUGACAACUCCAUUGUGUCCUCCUCCCAGAGUGCAAAGAACCUUGGUGUGACCCUGGACAACACCCUGUCGUUCUCCGCUAACAUCAAGGCGGUGACCCGAUCCUGUAGGUUCAUGCUCUACAACAUUCGGAGAGUACGACCCUGCCUUACACAGGAAGAGGCACAGGUCCUAAUCCAGGCACUUGUCAUCUCCCAUCUGGAUUACUGCAACUCGCUGUUGGCUGGGCUCCCCAAUGGUGGAACAAGCUCCCUCACAACGCCAGGACAGCGGAGUCACUCACCACCUUCCGGAGACACUUGAAACCCCACCUCUUUAAGGAAUACCUGGGAUAGGAUAAAGUAAUCCUUCUACCCCCCCUUACCCCACAAAAAAAAAAUACUUAAGUGGUUAUCCCACUGGCUAUAAGGUGAAUGCACCAAUUUGUAAGUCGCUCUGGAUAAGAGCAUCUGCUAAAUGAUGUAAAUGUAAGAUGUAGUAUUUAUUUGAUGUGAUUAGGGAUUCAUUUACGUCUAUCCCUCAUUUUAAGGUCAACCCUGUUAAGUGUGUAUGGUAAACAUUGAACAUCUAAUAGUCGAAUCAUAGUGAAAAAGCAGGUGAGCCGGUCUUUUUGGACAUUUUCUGUUUUUUUGUGGUGGAAAACUGAGCUGAUCAAGCAUAACACGUCAACCCUGUUACCCAUAGACAGACAGGCUAGACAUGUUUUGACAAUAAAAAUGUUUUCUUGCAUUCAAUUGUCACUCCCUGUUGCACACAACAAGCUUCCAUUCCCCCUGUCACAAGGGGAUUUAUGGAUGACUUAAGAUGAAAUCGUCAACGCUGUUACUUUAUUUGACACUUAAUAGGCAUUUACUAUAGUUUUUCUUUAUUUUUACUAUUUUCUACAUUGUAGAAUAAUAGUGAAGACAUCCAAACUAUGAAAUAACACACAUGGAAUCAUGUAGUAACCAAAUAAGUGUUAAACAAAUCAAUAUAUUUUAUAUUCUUCAAAUAGCCACCCUUUGCCUUGAUGACAGCUUUGCACACUCUUGGCAUUCUCUCAACUAGCUUCAUGAGGAAUGGUUUUCCAACUGUCUUGAAGGAGUUCCCACAUAUGCUGAGCACUUAUUAACUGCUUUUCCUUCACUCUGCGGUCCAACUCAUCCCAAACCAUCUCAAUUGGGUUGAGGUCGGGCGAUUGUGGAGGCCAGGUCAUCUGAUGCAGCACUUCAUCACUCUCAAAUAGCCGUUACACAGCCUGGAGGUGUGUUUUGGGUCAUUGUCCUGUUGAAAAACAAGUAAAAAUGUGUCCAAACUUUUGACUGGUACUGUGUGUGAUCAAGUUAUACUUCUCAAAAGGCACUGAAUUGAUGGAACGCCCCAUGUACACAGGAAAUGCAACACAGGAAAAUAUUAGCAGUGCAAAGUGCUCCUGAACGAUUUCUCCUGCUUUGUAAACAAGCAGCUUGCUCACGAAGUUAACUUCUGAUGCAACAUUGAAGUCAUUCGGGGACUGGAAGGGAAAACAAAUUGAAAUCUGAAAACUUGUCUGAAGGGUUGUUUGGAAGGCAUUGAUCAGGCUUUUGGCUGUGAUGUGAAGGCAGAGCGGGGUGGAAAUGUGACUACAUAUCCACUGAUGUGUAUUUAAGUAAAGUGUGUGUGUGCCUGUACUGUCUGUGUAUGUGAGUACUCACUCUUAUGUAUGUCGUGUUUACUGUACAGUAUAUAUGAGUAAACACCUAUCUCUGGUGCUGAAUGUCUCGCUCUUUCUGUCUCGACUCUCGCUCUCUACCAGGUGAUGCAUACUACCUGGCCAUCGGUGGAGGUGUAGCAGAACACAACUGGAACCACAUCAAGACUGUUCUACAGGACGAGGGUUUCAACUGCCAGCUGACUGACUACUCUGAAGACAUGGGCAUGAUCAGCAUCCAGGGGCCCAAGAGGUGAGUGUGAACCCCCCAAACAGGUGCCUUAAUGUUACCCUUACACUAACCAUCCAGGGGUCCAAGAGGUGAAACCUGCUUAUUGGUGCAUCUCAAUGGAAACCACACAGCGUGGCAGGAGCAUAGGUUUGGGGGAGACAAUGAUAAAGAGGUGAGACCCCCUCAUGGGUGAAAUAACAGGUCCUUAUCACUGUCCUGAGCAGAGUGGUUAUGGCCAUUCUUUUAAACUGACCCCUCAAAUUUUGGGACAAAUAUAUACAAGAUAUACACUACGUGAUCAAAAGUAUGUGGACACCUGCUUGGAGUUGGUCCCCUUUUGUGGCUAUAAUAAUAAAUAAUAUAAUAUGCCAUUUAGCAGACGCUUUUAUCCAAAGCGACUUACAGUCGUGCGUGCAUACAUUUUUGUGUAUGGGUGGUCCCGGGGAUCGAACCCACUACCUUGGCGUUACAAGCGCCGUGCUCUACCAGCUGAGCUACAGAGGACCACGCUAUAAUAGCCUCCACUCUUCUGGGAAGGCUUUCCACUAGGUGUUGGAACAUUGAUGCGGGAACUUGCUUCCAUUCAGCCACAAGAGCAUUAGUGAGGUCAGGCAGUGAUGUUGGGCUUUAGGCCUGGCUCGCAGUCAGUGUUCCAAUUCAUCCCAAUCUUAGGCUUGUGUGCGACUGCUCAUUUCUUUAAGCUCCCGACGAACAGUUAUUGUGCUGACGUUGCUUCCAGACGCUGUUUGGAACACGGGAGUGAGCGUUGCAACCGAGGACAGAUUAUUUUUACGUGCUGCGCGCUUCAGCACUCGGUGGUCCCAUUCUGUGAGCUUGUGUGGCCUACCACUUUGCGGCGAAGCCGUUGUUUCACCUAGAUGUUUCCACUUCACAAUAACAGCACUUACAGUUGACCGGGGCAGCUCUAGCAGGGCAGAAAUUUGACGAACUGACUUGUUGGAAAGGUGGCAUCCUAUGACGGUGCCACGUUGAAUGUCACUGAGCUCUUCAGUAAGGCCAUUCUACUGCCAAUGUUUGUCUUUGGAGAUUGCAUGGCUGUGUGCUCGAUUUUAUACACCUGUCAGAAACGGGUGUGGCUGAAAUAGUCGAAUCCACUAAUUUGAAGGGGUGUCCGCAUACUUUUGUGUAUAUAUAGUGUAUUUGGCCAUCCCUGCUCCCUAAAACGUUUUGGUUCACACCUCUGGUUGUGAGUACCCCUGCUGCAAUCCUGAAACCUACAGGACACUGUGUCCUGGUAACAGAAUGGUCCCUCUAGUCUAGUUUGUUCUGAUAAUGCAGAUGGGGUCAAAAGUACUGGACUGGAAGCUGUUCGUUCUCUCACUCGCACUCUCUCUCUCUUUCUGUCUGUUGGCCUUUCAUCUCUCACUUUCUCUCUUUCCUUGUGUGUGUGUGUGUGUGUGUGGUGUAAUACGAUCUACCUGCAUGUCUCCUCAGUUAGAGAAUUCUUGACGUUCCUCUGGCCUCCUAUCUAUCUAUCUAUCUAUCUAUCUAUCUAUCUAUCUAUCUAUCUAUCUAUGUCUCUCUAUCUAUAUAUGUGUAUAUAUAUAUAUAUAUCUGUUAAAUGGUCUCUGACGUCAAACCCAGCAUGGAAUGUGUCAUCAUGCACAGCAAUCUUCACUCGGGAAAGGACCUGUUAUUUCCAUCUCUCUCUUUGAGCCAAACCUAGGAAGGAGUACGUCAUACGUUACACUCUCCUUGUGAUGAAACACUAUUCUGUAACUGUUAGAGCGAUGGGGAAUAGAUGCAACACUCAACAGUCAUAAAAUCUUGAUCAUAGUACUCAUUGUGGUCUGAUUUCAUGCCACUUGAGCAUAACAGCCUCACAUAUGCUAAGUUAUAUGAAACCAUUGGCAUUGCAACGUUCGUUUUCUCUCGCUACACAGCAAUUUAAUCAACCCUGCAGUUCCAUUACAGCAUCUAGUAUGUGGAAACUGUGUGGUAGCUACAUUUCCAUCCCCCUGGGUUUAUCAGGCGAUAGUAUUAAAAACGGUAAAUGAUUCGCUGAACGCUUACGGAAUGGCAAAUAACCCAGCUCAAUAAAACACUCCCUCAUUUCUCAUGUCUGCAGAUUCUAAGAUGAGGCUCUCACUUCUACUUAGAGUAAGCCACUAGUCAUCAGCACAACCACUAUACACACACACACACACACACACAGUUACACACACACACACACACACACACACAGUUACACACACACACACACACACACACAGUUACACACACACACACACACACACACAGUUACGCACACACACACACACACACACACACACGGUUACACACACACACACACACACGGUUACACACACACACACACUUACACACACAGAGUUACACACACAAAGUUAAAUACAUAGUUACAUUUUCAUUUAAGUCAUUUAGCAGACGCUCUUAUCCAGAGCGACUUACAAAUUGGUGCAUUCAACUUAGGAUAGCCAUAUUUUUUUAAUGGGGGGGUGGGGGAGGGGGAGGGGGGGGGGGGGGGGUAGAAGGAUUACUGUUAUACUAUUCCAGGUAUUCCUAGCAGGGCAGACAUUUGACAAACUGACGUUUUGGAAAGGUGGCAUCCUAUGACGGUGCCACAUUGAAAGUCACUGAGCUCUUCAGUACGGGUCAAUGUUUGUCUAUGGAGAUUGCAUGGCUGUGUGCUCGAUUUUAUACACCUGUCAGCAAUGGGUGUGGCUGAAAAAGCCGAAUCCACUCAUUUGAAGGGGUGUUAACAUCCUUUUGGCCACAUAGUGUAGUUACAUACAGUCACAUACACAUAGUUACAGUGGGGGAAAAAAGUAUUUAGUCAGCCACCAAUUGUGCAAGUUCUCCCACUUAAAAAGAUGAGAGGCCUGUAAUUUUAAUCAUAGGUACACGUCAACUAAGACAGACAAAAUGAGAGAACAAAAUCCAGAAAAUCACAUUGUAGGAUUUUUAAUUAAUUUAUUUGCAAAUUAUGGUGGAAAAUAAGUAUUUGGUCACCUACAAACAAGCAAGAUUUCUGGCUCUCACAGACCUGUAACUUCUUCUUUAAGAGGCUCCUCUGUCCUCCACUCAUUACCUGUAAUGGCACCUGUUUGAACUUGUUAUCAGUAUAAAAAACACCUGUCCACAACCUCAAACAGUCACACUCCAAACUCCACUAUGGCCAAGACCAAAGAGCUGUCAAAGGACACCAGAAACAAAAUUGUAGACCUGCACCAGGCUGGGAAGACUGAAUCUGCAAUAGGUAAGCAGCUUGGUUUGAAGAAAUCAACUGUGGGAGCAAUUAUUAGGAAAUGGAAGACAUACAAGACCACUGAUAAUCUCCCUCGAUCUGGGGCUCCACGCAAGAUCUCACCCCGUGGGGUCAAAAUGAUCACAAGAACGGUGAGCAAAAAUCCCAGAACCACACGGGGGGACCUAGUGAAUGACCUGCAGAGAGCUGGGACCAAAGUAACAAAGCCUACCAUCAGUAACACACUACGCCGCCAGGGACUCAAAUCCUGCAGUGCCAGACGUGUUCCCCUGCUUAAGCCAGUACAUGUCCAGGCCCGUCUGAAGUUUGCUAGAGUGCAUUUGGAUGAUCCAGAAGAGGAUUGGGAGAAUGUCAGAUGGUCAGAUGAAACCAAAAUAGAACUUUUUGGUAAAAACUCAACUCGUCAUGUUUGGAGGACAAAGAAUGAAGCAUGGGGGUGGAAACAUCAUGCUUUGGGGCUGUUUUUCUGCAAAAGUAUUUGAUCACCUACCAACCAGUAAGAAUUCCGGCUCUCACAGACCUGUUAGUUUUUCUUUAAGAAGCCCUCCUGUUCUCCACUCAUUACCUGUAUUAACUGCACCUGUUUGAACUCGUUACCUGUAUAAAAGACACCUGUCCACACACUCAAUCAAACAGACUCCAACCUCUCCACAAUGGCCAAGACCAGAGAGCUGUGUAAGGACAUCAGGGAUAAAAUUGUAGACCUGCACAAGGCUGGGAUGGGCUACAGGACAAUAGGCAAACAGCUUGGUGAGAAGGCAACAACUGUUGGCGCAAUUAUUAGAAAAUAGAAGAAGUUCAAGAUGACGGUCAAUCACCCUCGGUCUGGGGCUCCAUGCAAGAUCUCCCCUCGUGGGGCAUCAAUGAUCAUGAGGAAGGUGAGGGAUCAGCCCAGAACUACACGGCGGGACCUGGUCAAUGACCUGAAGAGAGCUGGGACCACAGUCUCAAAGAAAACCAUUAGUAACACACUACGCCGUCAUGGAUUAAAAUCCUGCAGCGCACGCAAGGUCCCCCUGCUCAAGCCAGCGCAUGUCCAGGCCCGUCUGAAGUUUGCCAAUGACCAUCUGGAUGAUCCAGAGGAGGAAUGGGAGAAGGUCAUGUGGUCUGAUGAGACAAAAAUAGAGCUUUUUGGUCUAAACUCCACUCGCCGUGUUUGGAGGAAGAAGAAGGAUGAGUACAACCCCAAGAACACCAUCCCAACCGUGAAGCAUGGAGGUGGAAACAUCAUUAUUUGGGGAUGCUGUUCUGCAAAGGGGACAGGACGACUGCACCGUAUUGAGGGGAGGAUGGUUGGGGCCAUGUAUCGCGAGAUCUUGGCCAACAACCUCCUUCCCUCAGUAAGAGCAUUGAAGAUGGGUCGUGGCUGGGUCUUCCAGCAUGACAACGACCCGAAACACACAGCCAGGGCAACAAAGGAGUGGCUCCGUAAGAAGCAUCUCAAGGUCCUGGAGUGGCCUAGCCAGUCUCCAGACCUGAACCCAAUAGAUAAUCUUUGGAGGGAGCUGAAAGUCCGUAUUGCCCAGCGACAGCCCCGAAACCUGAAGGAUCUGGAGAAGGUCUGUAUGGAGGAGUGGGCAAAAAUCCCUGCUGCAGUGUUUGCAAACCUGGUCAAGACCUACAGGAAACGUAUGAUCUCUGUAAUUGCAAACAAAGGUUUCUGUACCAAAUAUUAAGUUCUGCUUUUCUGAUGUAUUAAUUACUUAAAAAUCAUACAAUGUGACUUUCUGGAUUUUUGUUUUGGAUUCCGUCUCUCACAGUUGAAGUGUACCUAUGAUAAAAAUUACAGACCUCUACAUGCUUUGUAAGUAGGAAAACCUGCAAAAGCGGCAGUGUAUCAAAUACUUGUUCUCCCCACUGUACAUAUACUGAACAAAAAUAUAAACGCAACAUGCAACAAUAUUUUACUGAGUUACAGUUCAUAAAAGAAAAUCAGUCCUAAUCUAUGGAUUUCACAUGACUGGGAAUACAGAUAUGCAUCUGUGGAAGAACUGGGACAUUUUCAGAUUCCUGGAAUUGUGUACAGAUCCUUAUGUGGCCGUGCAUUAUCAUGCUGAAACACGAGGUGAUGGCGGCGGAUGAAUGGUACGGCAAUGGGCCUCAGGAUCUCGUCACAGUAUCUCUGUGCAUUCAAAUUGCCAUCGAUAAAAUGCAAUUGUGUUCGUUGUCCCUAGCUUAUGCCUGCCCAUACCAUAACCCCACUGCCACCAUGGGGCACUCUGUUCACAACGUUGACAUCUGCAAACCGCUCGCCCACACAACGCCAUACACGUGGUCUGCGGUUGUGAGGCCGGUUGGACCUACUGCCAAAUUCUCUAAAAUGACGGAGGCGGCUUAUGGUAGAGAAAUGAACAUUAAAUUACCUUGCAACAGCUCUGUUGGACAUCCCCGCAGUCAACAUGCCAAUUGCAUGCUCCCUCAAAACUUGAGACACCUGUGGCAAUACUGCACAUUUUAAAAUGGCCUUUUAUUGUCCCCAGCACAAGGUGCACCUACAUUUCUGGGAUCUUUUAUUUCAGCUCAUGAAACAUGGGACCAACACUUUACAUGUUGCGUUUAUAUUUUUUAUUCAGUGUAGUUAAGUACACAGUUACUUACACGUACAGUUGAAGUCGGAUGUUUACAUACACCUUAGCCAAAUACAUUUAAACUCAGUUUUUCACAAUUCCUGACAUUUAAUCCUAGUAAAAAUUCCCUGUUAGGAUCACCACUUUAUUUUAAGAAUGUGAAAUGUCAGAAUAAUAGUAGGGAGAAUGAUUUAUUUCAGCUUUUAUUUAUUUAAUCACAUUCCCAGUGGGUCAGAAGUUUACAUACACUCAAUUAGUAUUUUGUAGCAUUGCCUUUAAAUUGUUUAAUUUUGGCCCAUUCCUCCUGACAGACCUGGUGUAACUGAGUCAGCUUUGUAGGCCUCCUUGCUCGCACACGCUUUUUCAGUUCUGCCCACAAAUCUUCUAUAGGAUUGAGGUCAGGGCUUUGUGAUGGCCACUCCAAUACCUUGACUUUGUUGUCCUUAAGCCAUUUUGCCACAACUUUGGAAGUAUGCUUGGGGUCAUUGUCCAUGUGGAAGACCCAUUUGCGACCAAGCUUUAACUUCCUGACUGAUAUCUUGAGAUGCUGCUUCAAUAUAUCCACAUAAUUAGACGCAACUGUGGGCCUUAUCAUAAUGGCUGUCCUCGGCCACGUUCUGCUCUGUCUGUCUCUGUCGCAACAGACUGAUUAACUACAGCUAGUAGAAAUGAGACUGUCCCUCAGCCACCGGCCCAGCCUCCAUACAUAUCAGUGUCUUUUCAUCAUGUCUCUUCCCCCCCCAUCUCUCCCUUCUCCCUUCCUCCCUCUUCCCACAAUCCUGAAAUAUGAAUGAAAUCUUGUCACAACACAUUUGAAACUCAAAUGAGUCCCCUGCGGCAGUGUAGCUAGCGACGAGGAGGCGAUGGGAGGAUAUUGAAGGGGUGGGAGAGGUUAUUUCUCUAUGGUCUGAUUGUGUCUCAGAGUACAGGGAUAGGCAGGGGCCACAUACUUGUUCCCAUGUACUGUGUGUGCUCUGUGUAUCACAUACAUAGUUGGGACUAAAUUAGUUGUUCUGCAAAUAGUUUGAUGUAGUUUAAUUAGUGCAAUCUCAAUUUAGAAAUGUUUCAUUCGAUUUUGUCACGUAAUAGUGCAUUGGGAGUUUUACGACACAAAUUAGGAGUUUGGUUCAAUUUGGGGGUGAUAUGCAGCCAGCGGUGUGUGUGAUUUCUCAUUAGGAACAGAUCUGUGAUCCUGAGCUAACUGCCACAAUAAAUGGGUAGUCUGAUCAACUAAUUGGCUGUUUCACUGCCCACACUGUCCACGCACUAACGCACCCACACUCACACACAGGGUUUAUAAUUAGACAGCUUGUUGGCCUCUACAGUUCAGUAAGCAUGAUGGUUCAUGCUUCACACCUCGCCUCAUACCCUGAAACCACCUAUCUUCAUGAACAAAAUAUAUUAUCCCUUUUCCCCAUGUUCCCCUGGCCCUACACCUUAUCUCUCUCUGUACCUCACACAUUUAUUCUGUCCUUAUGAGUUCCUCUGCUUAGUGCAUGUACACAUGCAUACAAACACACACACACCCUGAACACAGACACACACGCUCUGGCAGAACCUAAACAUCCAUUACUCUUCCUUCGUCCACCGGCAGCCGCUCCAACUCUGAGAAGAAUGAUGCGUCUGCAAUCUCAGCCAGCCAUUCAGCCAUGCCUGCACCUAGAAAAGCCCUGGUCCUUGUGGUAAAUGGCAUAUUUUGGCAUAUGUUUAUACAGAGGUUUGUUUAUCAACGUAGCGUGGCAGUAGCGGCUCACAGGCCGCGUCUCUGCCCUGGUGUAAACAUCCAUCACUUUGACUGCCGCCAAUGUAGCGACGCUGCGCAUCUUGAGAGGAUGGAGCCUUAUUGACCUGUACCCGGAGACACGAAUGCUGCCGCCGGCCCCUAAAUGAGGAAGCCAAGGCUGGCCUGUCGGCACAGAUUUGGGCUCGAUCUCAAUUUAGAGUGCAGUUACUCAAAUUGUUUAAAAUGCUGUCACCUGUCUCCUCCCCUUCAUCGGCACUUAUUGUAAAGGAUUUGACGGGUGAAAACAAUAUGGUAGAAACUCAUAAUUAUGCUGGAGGAAAGAGGGGUAUGAGCCAAAUGAGAGAGAAGCAUCACAGUGAAAGAGGAGCUCCCUCUGAGCUCAUCGUCUGGGCUGUUUUGCUCCAAUAGCCCUCCCAAUAGCUCUGCAAGCCACGCAGCUGCUUCCAAUGACUACAGUCAGGGGGGGCCCUUCAGUGAUAGCCUGAUCCCAAAUAUGUUUGUGCUCUCUUGCCAGCUCAUUACAAUCAUUGUCUAGUUUGCAAGACAGCACAAACAGAUCUGGGAUCAGGCUGCUUCAGUGACGAGGCACUAUCCAGAAACCAGAUUACGUACGUACGUGUGUGUGUCUGUGUGCUCAGAGGAACUCAUAAGGACAGACCCAGGCCCAGUGUCACAGACAACACAACACCCAACCAAACCUGAACGCUGGCCAUGAAACAUAAAUGAUGAUGUUUUGUUUUUGUCUUCUCAAUCGUGAGUGUGUGUUGUGCCACACUGCCUGUCUGACUUACAUUGUCUGAAGUGGACUUUUCUGAGAUGGACCGGUUGACUGCUAGGUACUUUGGCUGACGCGAGUUCUGCUGCCAUUGGUGAUUGACAGAUAUACUGAUGAUCCCUUUGGCAGCUGCUGGUUAGAGCAGUUCCUGAUUGACAGGUGAUUGGCUGAUACUGGUUGAUUGACAGCUGAUUGGCUGACGUGGUGUUCUGUGUCUGUCCACAGUCGAGAGGUGCUACAGGAGAUCCUGGAUACAGACCUGAGUAACGAAGCCUUCCCUUUCUCUACACACAAAGUCUGUAACGCUGCCGGACACAAGGUAAGAGAAAGGGGCCUGUCUAUCUUUCUUCCUGUCUGGCUGGCUCUGUCUGGCUGUCAAUCUGGCUAGCAGUUAUUUUCCCCUGUCAUUCCCACCCUUACACACACUCUUGCCUCAUCAAAUGUAUAAUUCAAUAUGGUACAAAUUACUCUGCUUCACACAGUGCUGUCAAUUGCCACUGGAAUUCAAGUAAUAAAUUCGAAUAUAUGUAAAUUUCAUGGCGCAGCUUGAAGAAGGGUUGUUUUCUCCUGAGUGUGUAUGAGAGAGAGAGCAAGGAGAGGGCGAGUGUGCAUAUCUUCGUGUGUGAGUGUGCAUAUCUUCGUGUGUGUGCGUUCAUGCGUGCACAAAGGUGGGUUGUUGUACGUGCGUGUUUGUGUGUAGCUGCCUGUGUGUGUGUUUGUUGUGUGUCUUGGCCUAGUUGUGGAGAGUGUGUGGAGGUCUAGGGACCUGUGUGAAUGUGCUGUGCCUGUUUAUGGGACAGAUGGCCUGGCUCACAUCACCCCUGUGACUGACUGAGACCUCAUGUCAAACACUGCAUACUUCUCUAACCUCGCCACCUCGUUCUUUCUAUUGCUCUCUCUCAUCUGUCCCUCUCCCUCUCUCCAUUAUUCAUGUCUCCCUUAAAUCUAAACAUGUUAGUCUCUUUCACCAUCCAACCUUUUCCUCCUCUCUGCCUCAUUGUUGUAGAAAACAUUUACGAUUGUACAUUUAAUAUAUACCUAUUUUAAAUUUACCAGUUUCUCACAGCUGUAAAAUAAUCCUGCAGCAACAGCAAAUCUGAAUUAUGUGGAUUAUAAUUAAUGGAUAUUUUUGUAGGGGUUGAUGCAUUUUUUCAGUGGAAAUUACAAACUUUAGAAGCCUUUUCAAACCUUCAAUACACUACAAGUUGCAUUUCUUGCUGCGCAGUAAAAAAACGAUCUGCGACAACAGUGAUCAAAUUAAGAGACAACCUCUGUAUACAUGUUUUAGCUUGAUAGCUGUAAUACAUUUGGAGUGUUUUAUAAACAUACAGCCCUAACUAUUACAGUAUAAAACACUGGGUCCUCUGUAUGUUUCCCAGUAGAUGAGCUGAGCAGAGCAGCAUUGGAACAGAGUGGCUCUCCAAAAUAAAGACUGCUCUAUUUCUAACUAAGCCUCCGGCUCAGUGUCGCUAAUGCAUUCUGUUUUGAUUUAGCUGAAUUACGUAAUAUUUUCCUCUGGAUCCCCCUUGUUUUUUGGCUUCUGCCUGCCUUCACUAAUGCCGCAUCCUGUCCUACAUUAAGUAUGGUCUUGAUGGCAUUUUAAUCCCACUGAUGGUGUCACUACUGUGCUGAAAACACUGUUUUCUUCUGGGGGUCUCUUUGCCUGUGCUGUGUUUGUCUGUGCCCCAACUCACUCAUUACACAUCACUUCCUCACACAGGUUUACCGUACCGUGAGGCAGGUUGUUUGGGGGGGGGGGGGGGGGGGAUAGUGUGCGUGAUUAUUAUUUGUGUGCGUGCGUGAUUAUUAUUUGUGUACGUGCGUGAUUAUUAUUUGUGUACAGUGAGGGGAAAAAAGUAUUUGAUCCCCUGCUGAUUUUGUACGUUUGCCCACUGACAAACAAAUGAUCAGUCUAUAAUUUUAAUGGUAGGUUUAUUUGAACAGUGAGAGACAGAAUAACAACAACAAAAUCCAGAAAAACACAUGUCAAAAAUGUUAUAAAUUGAUUUGCAUGUUAAUGAGGGAAGUAAGUAUUUGAUCCCCCUCUCAAUCAGAAAGAUUUCUGGCUCCCAGGUGUCUUCUAUACAGGUAACGAGCUGAGAUUAGGAGCACACUCUUAAAGGGAGUGCUCCUAAUCUCAGCCUGUUACCUGUAUAAAAGACACCUGUCCACAGAAGCAAUCAAUCAAUCAGAUUCCAAACUCUCCACCAUGGCAAGACCAAAGAGCUCUCCAAGGAUGUCAGGGACAAGAUUGUAGACCUACACAAGGCUGGAAUGGGCUACAAGACCAUCGCCAAGCAGCUUGGUGAGAAGGUCACAACAGUUGUUGCGAUUAUUCGCAAAUGGAAGAAACACAAAUUAACUGUCAAUCUCCCUCGGCCUGGGGCUCCAUGCAAGAUCUCACCUCGUGGAGUUGCAAUGAUCAUGAGAACGGUGAGGAAUCAGCCCAGAACUACACGGGAGGAUCUUGUCAAUGAUCUCAAGGCAGCUGGGACCAUAGUCACCAAGAAAACAAUUGGUAACACACUAAGCCGUGAAGGACUGAAAUCCUGCAGCACCCGCAAGGUCCCCCUGCUCAAGAAGCACAUAUACAGGCCCGUCUGAAGUUUGCCAAUGAACAUCUGAAUGAUUCAGAGGAGAACUGGGUGAAAGUGUUGUGGUCAGAUGAGACCAAAAUGGAGCUCUUUGGCAUCAACUCAACUCGCCGUGUUUGGAGGAGGAGGAAUGCUGCCUAUGACGCCAAGAACACCAUCCCCACCGACAAACAUGGAGGUGGAAACAUUAUGCUUUGGGGGUGUUUUUCUGCUAAGGGGACAGGACAACUUCACCGCAUCAAAGGGACGAUGGACGGGGCCAUGUACUGUCAAAUCUUGGGUGAGAACCUCCUUCCCUCAGCCAGGGCAUUGAAAAUGGGUCGUGGAUGGGUAUUCCAGCAUGACACUGACCCAAAACACACGGCCAAGGCAACAAAGGAGUGGCUCAAGAAGAAGCACAUUAAGGUCCUGGAGUGGCCUAGCCAGUCUCCAGACCUUAAUCCCAUAGAAAAUCUGUGGAGGGAGCUGGUUUUGAGUUGCCAAACAUCAGCCUCGAAACUUUAAUGACUUGGAGAAGCUCUGCAAAGAGGAGUGGAACAAAAUCCCUCCUGAGAUGUGUGCAAACCUGGUGGCCAACUACAAGCAACGUCUGACCUCUGUGAUUGCCAACAAGGGUUUUGCCACCAAGUACUAAGUCAUGUUUUGCAGAGGGGUCAAAUACUUAUUUCCCUCCAUUAAAAUGCAAAUCAAUUUAUAACAUUUUUUUUCUGGAUUUUUUUGUUGUUAUUCUGUCUCUCACUGUUAAAAUAAACCUACCAUUAAAAUUAUAGACUGAUCAUUUGUUUGUCAGUGGGCAAACGUACAAAAUCAGCAGGGGAUCAAAUACUUUUUUCCCUCACUGUAUGUGUUAUGUGAGAGGAUCUUGGCCUAGUUCUGUCCGGAUCCCUAGAGUUUCCUGCUCUGUGUGGGGGGGAGAAAGGGACCUGUGUGAGGCUGUGCUGGACAGAUGGUCUGGCUGACAGGGCCUCCUCUGGGGCUGACUCCUCAACUAUCCUUGCUGUUGUCACAUCUCCUCAGCUUCUCCUCACAUUCCUCCUGCUCUCCUGCUUCACCAGCCUCUCACCCGCUCUCCUUCUUUAGUCUCACCCUCUCUCCUUCUUUAGUCUCUCACCCGCUCUCCUUCUUUAGUCUCUCACCCGCUCUCCUUCUUUAGUCUCUCACCCGCUCUCCUUCACCAGUCUCUCACCCGCUCUCCUCACCAGUCUCUCACCCGUCUCUCCUUCACCAGUCUCUCACCCUCUCUCCUUCACCAGUCUCUCACCCUCUCUCCUUCACCAGUCUCUCACCCUCUCUCCUUCACCAGUCUCUCACCCUCUCUCCUUCACCAGUCUCUCACCCUCUCUCCUUCACCAGUCUCUCACCCUCUCUCCUUCACCAGUCUCUCACCCUCUCUCCUUCACCAGUCUCUCACCCUCUCCCUUUCACCAGUCUCUCACCCUCUCCCUUCACCAGUCUCUCACCCCUCUCCCUUCACCAGUCUCUCACCCCCUCUCACCUCUCCACCCCUCUCCUUCACGUCUCUCACCCGCUCUCCUCCCAGUCUCUCACCCCUCCUUCCAGUCUCUCACCCUCUCUCUCACCGUUCCACCUCUCUCCUUCACCAGUCUCUCACCCCUCCCACCUCUCCCCCUACACCUCCUCAUCCUUCACAGUCCCACCCUCUCCUCACAGUCUCCCUCUCCUUCACCAGUUCUCACCCUCUCUCACCUCUCCCUCUCCUUCACCAGUCUCUCACCCCUCUCCACCAGUCUCUCACCUCUCCUUCACCAGUCUCUCACCCUCCUCACCGUUCCACCCUCUCCUCACCAGUCUCUCACCCCUCUCCUUCACCAGUCUCUCACCCUUCCUUCACCAGUCUCCCCUCUCCUCACCAGUUUCACUCCUUCACCGUCUCCACCCUCUCCUCACCAGCUCUCCCCGUCUCCACAGUCUUCACCCUCUCCUCACCAUUCUCACCCUCUCCUCACCUCUCUCACCCGUCUCCCCACAGUCUCUCACCCUUCUCUUCACCGUCUCUCACCCUCUCCUUCACCGUCUCUCACCCGCUCUCCUUCACCAGUCUCUCACCCUCUCUCCUUCCCAGUCUCUCACCCCUCUCCUUCACCAGUCUUCACCCUCUCCUUCACCAGUCUCUCACCCCUCUCCUUCACCAGUUCUCACCCUCCUCACUCUACCUCAUCACACAUCUCUCACCCCUCUCCUUCACAGUCUCACCUCUCCUUCACCACCUCACCUCUCCUUCACAGUCUCUCACCCCUCCUUCACCAGUCUCUCACCCGCUCUCCUUCACCAGUCUCUCACCUCUCUCCUUCACCAGUCUCUCACCCUCUCACCAGUUCACCCUCUCUCACGUUCUCACCCCUCUCCUUCACCAGUCUCUCACCCGCUCUCCUUCACCAGUCUCUCACUCUCUCACUCUCACCGUCUCCUUCACCGUCCCUUCUCACCAGUCUCUCACCCUUCUCUUCACCAGUCUCUCACCCCUCUCCUUCACAGCUUCACCUCUCUCCACCAGUCUCUCACCCUCUCUUCACCAGUCUCUCACCCGCUCUCCCUUCACCGUCUCUCACCCCUCCCCUUCACCAGUCUCCACCUCCCUCCCUCCUUCCUUACCAGUCUCUCACCCGCUCUCCUUCACCAGUCCCCUCACCGCUCCUCACCAGCUCUCUACCGCUUCCCCCUUCACCAGUCUCUCACCCGCCUCCUCCUUCCACCAGUCUCUCACCCCUCUCUCACCAUCUCUCCUCACCCCCUCCUUCACCAGUCUUCACCCUCUCCUCCACCCGUCUUCACCCCUCUCCUUCACCAGUCUCACUUCCUCACCUCCUCUCCCCUUCCUCACCAGUUCCACUCUCACCCUCUCGUCCUUCACCACUCCCCGCCUCCACCUCUUACCACCCCUCUCCUUCACCAGUCAUCUUCACCCCUCUCCUUCACCAGUCUCUCACCCCUCUCCUUCCACCAGUCUCAUCACCCGCUCUCCUUCACCAGUCCUCCUCACCCUCUCCCUUCCCUUCACCAGUCUCUCACCCCUCUCCUUCACCAGUCUCUCCACCCCCGCUCUCCUUCACCAGUUCCUCACACCCCUCUCCUUCACCAGUCUCUCACCCUCUCCUUACACCAGUCUCUCCCCGCUUCUCCCACUUCACACCAGUCCUCACCCGCUCUCCUUCACCAGUCUCUCACCCUCUCCGUCCUUCCCCCUCACCAGUCACUCACCGUUUCUCCUUCACCGUCUCUCACCCUCUCUCCUUCACCAGUCUCUCACCCUCUCUCCUUCACCAGUCUCUCACCCUCUUCCUUCACCAGUCUCUCACCCUCCUCUCCUUCACCAGUCUCUCACCCGCUCUCCUUCACCAGUCUCUCACCCUUCUCCUUCACCCAGUCUCUCACCCCGCUCUCCUUCACCAGUCUCUCACCCCUCUCUCCUUCACCAGUCUCUCACCUCUCACCGCUCUCACCCUCUCUUCACCAUCUCUCACUCUCCCACCCCGCUCUCCCUCACCAGUCUCUCACCCGCUCUCCUUCACAUCCAGUCUCACCGUCUCCCCACCCACCGCUCCUCUUCACCAGUCUCUCACCCUCUCCUUCACCACUCUCUCCUCUUCACCAGUCUCUCACCCGUCUCCUUCACCUCUCUCACCCUCUCACCCAGCUCUCACCUUCCCACCUCUCUCACCUCCCUUCACCAGUCUCUCACCCGUCUCUCCUUCACCAGUCUCUCACCCUCUCCCUCACGUCUCCCCUCUCCAUCCUACCAGUCUCUCACCGUCCUCUCACCAGUCUUCACCUCUCCCUUCACCAGUCUCUCACCCCUCUCCUUCACCAGUCCUCUCACCCCUCUCCUUCACCAGUCUCUCACCCCUCUCCUUCACCAGUCUCUCACCCUCUCACUCCUUCCCACCAGUCUCUCUCCUCACCAUUCUCCCUCUCUCCUUCACCAGUCUCUCCACCCGCUCUCCUUCACCAGUCUCUACCCCUUCUCCCUCUCACCAGUCUCUCACCCUCUCUCCUUCACCAGUCUCUCACCCUCUCUCCUUCACCAGUCUCUCCCCCCUUCUCCUUCACCAGUCUCUCACACCGCUCUCCUCCACUCUCUCACCUCACAGUCUCUCACCGCUCUCACUUCACCAGCUCUCACCCCUCUCCUUCACCAGUCUCUCACCCUCUCCUUCACCAGUUCUCACCUCCUCCUCACCUCUCUCACCCCUCUCCUCACAGUCCUCACUCACCCGCUCUCCUUCACCAUCUCUCACCCUCUCCUACCAUCUUCACCCCUCCUCACCAGUCUCUCACCCCUCUCCUUCACCAGUCUCUCACCCCUCCCUUCACCAGUCUCUCAACCCCUCUCACCCUCUCACCAGUCUCUCACCCCUCUCACCUUCUCACCAGUCUCACCUCCACCCUCUCUCCUUCACCAGUCUCUCACCCUCUCACGUUCACCGUCUCUCCUCACCUCCUCACCCUCUCCCACCAGUCUCUCACCCGCUCUCCUUCACCAGUCUCUCACCACGCUCUCCUUCACCAGUCUCUCACCCCUCUCCUUCACCAGUCUCUCCACCCUCUUCCCCCCCCCCUUCACACCAGUCUCCUCACCGUCUCUCACCUUCACCAGUCUCUCACCUCUCAGCACCCUCUCUCCUUCACCAGUCUCUCACCCUCUCUCCUUCACCAGUCUCUCUCCUUCACCCUCUCUCCCUUCACCAGUCUCUCACCCUCUCUCCUUCACCAGUCUCUCACCGCUCUCACAUCUUCACCAGUUCUCUCACCCGCUCUCACCACCACCAGUCUCUCACCCGCUCUCCACCACUCUACCCUCCUCUCACCCGCCUCUCCCCCUCCUUCACCAGUCUCUCACCCCUCUCACCUUUACCACCCUCUCUCCUUCACCAGUCUCACCCGCUCUCCUCCUUCACCAGUCUCCACCCGCUCUCCUUCACACCAGUCUCUCACCCUCUGUCCUUCACCAGCCCUCUCUCACCCUCCUGUCCUUCACCGUCUCUCACCCUCUCACCCUUUACCACCCACCCUCUCUCCUUCACCAGUCUCUCUCACCCGCUCUCCUUCACCAGUCUCUCACCCUCCCUUCCCCCUUCUCACCAGUCUCUCACCCUCUCUCCUUCACCUUACCACCCGCUCUCUUCCUCUCUCACCAGCUCUCCUUCACCAGUCUCUCACCCGCUCUCCUUCACCAGUCUCUCACCCGCUCUCCUUCACCAGUCUCACCCGCUCUCCCUCACCAGUCUCACCCGCUCUCCCUCACCAGUCUCACCCGCUCUCCUUCACCAGUCUCUCACCCUCUGUCCUUCACCAGUCUCUCACCCGCUCUCCUUCUCCAGUCUCUCACCCGCUCUCCUUCACCAGUCUCUCACCCGCUCUCCUUCACCAGUCUCUCACCCGCUCUCCUUCACCAGUCUCUCACCCUCUCUCCUUCACCAGUCUCACCCCCUCUCUCCUUCACCAGUCUCACCCCGCUCUCCUUCACCAGUCUCACCACCGCUCUCCUUCACCAGUCUCACCCGCUCUCCUUCCUCUUUUCCUAUUUUCUUCUCCCUAUCCAGCUCUUUCCCUAGCACAUUUUUAUCAGUCCCCAUCUCCUGUUCCCUUCUUUCUUUCCCAUCCGUCUGUUCAUCCUCCCACGUUCUCGCUCUCCUCUCUCUGUUUCCUCUCUCCCUGCGGAGAACACUGAGGAGGUUCUUCAUUAGAAUGUACGGUAGCCAGGCAUACAGACCAUGUCCUUGAAGAUGUGUGUGUGUGUGAGCAGUAGGUAGUAGGAGGGUUACAGAGCAGCUGUGCUGUUCUCCAGAAAGGUUAUUUCUCAGUAAAAUGCAUCAAAACACUGACUAGACCAGUCGGAGCUGCCUGCCUGCUCUCAAGGACAACUCCUACACAAUUCCUCUAUUUAUUCCAUUACAUCUAUAUUACAUUGGGUUCUGGCCAUGCAAUUUAAAGUCUCAUUACAUACAGUUUGUUGGGAAGAGGGAAACUAUCAGUUGCAAUUUACUGUAUCUUAUUAGAGCCACGUCAUAUCCCAGGACAUUUAAAUUAUUAGCACAUCCUUCAUUAGUUUGUUUAUUCACUCACUCACUCACUGUCUUUUACCAUUCAAUCACUCACUUGCUCAUUAAUUCUCAUUCUGUCACCACCUCCCCCUCUAGGUGCGUGCCAUGCGUCUGUCCUUCGUGGGCGAGCUGGGCUGGGAGCUGCACAUCCCUAAGGACUCCUGCUUGCCUGUCUACCAGGCUGUCAUGGCUGCCGGUGCCAAGCACGGCAUCAUCAACGCUGGAUACAGAGCCAUCGACUCCCUCAGUAUAGAGAAAGGUAUAGUACAGCUUAGCUCUGAGAGAGUUUGGUGGCAGAACAGCAACUUAACUAAGUUCUUCCUGAACCAGCUGUGCUUUUCUGAGCUGAGGGGGCUGGUGGAAACACAACACAAUCACCAACUGUGCUUCAGCUAUGACAUGUUCCAGGAAAACAUAGGGCUAUUAGUGAGAUGUGCCAGUAAAAGAUAGGACUUUACUCCCCCUUUUCUCCUGUAACAACAGUGGGAUAAUCACACACUACAGGUUCUUAUAAGCUUUGUUUGGCAAUGACACAGAGCACAAGGAGUGGAAUGUUAGCUUAACUGACUGGUACCCACGCUAAGAGUACAGUAACAGUCCCAUAAAAUCCUUAACUGAAUGUCUAAACUUCCAUAGGCAGCAGACAGCGUAUCAGAUGUAUAGACUUCCAUAGGUAUCAGUUGUAGUGUUGUCACGAUACCACUAUCGCGAUACUAGAAAGUAAGGAAGCAAAGGAAACAAAACAUGAAGCGGACUCAAUGUCUUGAGGAAAACAGUCCUAAUGUAAGAAAAACAACUGCCAUAUGUUGUUACCCAGUCACAUAAGGACCAUAGAGUUUAGUCUGCUUCGUGUUGUAUUUGUUGUCAAAGAAAAUCUGGUAUGAUACUGAUAUCGUGACAACACGGAGCAGAGCUGUAAGUGAAACAGAUGGGGGCUGGGGAGAUAGAGCGUGUUUGGUUCAAUAGAUAUACAGUAGUACUUUUGGUAAUAACAGUAGAGAGCUAAGUUAGCAUGUGUCCUUGAGAGAGCAGCAGUAGCAUGACUAGCAGAAAGGAGAGGCCCUUACAGUGGCUGCAUGAUGUAUCAGCUGUAUCCUAUAUUGUUAGCCUGUACUUCAACAACACUAGGGAUCAACCACUGUGUACAACUACACUGCUCUGUUUAAUCUGUUGACAGACCCGGGGGAGCUGGCAGUGUAUGUGUAUUACAGUAACGUCUUUGAGAGUGCUUAACCUCUGUGCGCUUGCAUGGAUUCAUGUUUCUUUGUAUAAUGAAUGCAGAGGAGGCUGGUGGAAGGAGCUAAAGGUGGAUGGGCUCAUUAUAAUGGCUGGAAUGUAAUAUAUGGAAAGGUAUCAAACAUAUGGAAACCACGUUUGACUCCAUUCCAUCCAUUACAAUGAGCCCAUCCUCCUAUAGCUCCUCCCACCAGCCUUCACUGACUGAAUGUGACUGUUUAAGCCUACAUUACAUAUCUCUCAUCCAUUCUGUGUCCUACCUCUUCCAAGGUUUGCAGUUUAGUCGGAUAGUGACUCCUCUCCUCUCUCCCUAGGCUACAGACAUUGGCACGCUGACCUGCGGCCUGAUGACACACCUCUGGAGGCGGGACUAGCGUUCACCUGUAAGAUGAAGAGCACCAUUCCCUUCCUGGGUCGGGCCUCUCUGGAGAAACAGAAGGCUGAGGGACUACGUAGACGCAUUGUCUGUUUCACCAUUGAUGAGUGAGUGCUCACGGUCACCAUUACAACUGUUUAGCUUGAGGACAUAAUUAAAUGUCACCAGCAUUAUACAUUUACAUUUACGUCAUUUAGCAGACGCUCUUAUCCAGAGCGACUUACAAACAGGUGCAUUCACCUUAUAGCCAGUGGGAUAACCACUUUACAAUGUUUUUAUUUAUUUUUUAUUUUUAUUUUUAUUUAUUUAUUUUUUUUGGGGGGGGGGGUUGGGGUAAGGGGGGGUAGAAGGAUUACUUUAUCCUAUCCCAGGUAUUCCUUAAAGAGGUGGGGUUUCAAAUGUCUCCGGAAGGUGGUGAGUGACUCCGCUGUCCUGGCGUCGUGAGGGAGCUUGUUCUACCAUUGGGGUGCCAGAGCAGCGAACAGUUUUGACUGGGCUGAGCGGGAACUAUGCUUCCGCAGAGGUAGGGGAGCCAGCAGGCCAGAGGUGGAUGAACGCAAUGCCCUCGUUUGGGUCCUCGGUUUCUUCCUCCUUCCAUGGGGGUCUUUGAUGACUCCAGUUAGAGUGGUGUGAGUUUCUCUUCUUUUUAAAGUCAACAUGACCAUGGCCUUAACAACAACCAUAGAAAUCACAGAAUCAUCAUUUCUAAAUAUUCUUCCCUGCUGUAAGUGUAAUGUAGCAGACCUGGUUUGGUCUAAAUGUGAGGGACUAAGUGAUGCAGUUCUGAUAAUGUUUCCAGUAAUUUACUAAAACUGCUGUGGUUUGAUUAGAAGGGAUUCAGUAAGUGGAUAAGUGGAUUUAAAGCACUGGCAGCCUGACGUGAUAUUGUUUUCUGAUUUGAUUCACUGAGACUGCUUAUGAUGGUCUGAGAGUAUUUAGGGGCCUUUUGGCAAACUCCAAGUGGGCUGUCAUGUGCCUUUUACUGAGGAGUGGCUUCCAUCUGGCCACUCUACCAUAAAGGCCUGAUUGGUGGAGUGCUGCAGAGAUGGUUGUCCUUCUAGAAGGUUCUCCCAUCUUCACAGAGGAACUCUGGAGCUCUGUCAGAGUGACCUUCGGGUUCUUGGUCACCUCCCUAACCAAGGCCCUUCUCCCCCGAUUGCUCAGUUUGGCCGGUCAGCCAGCUCUAGGAAGAGUCUUGGUGGUUCCAAACUUCUUCCAUUUAAGAAUGAUGGAGGCCACUGUGUUCUUGGGGACCUUCAAUGCUGCAGAAUUUUUUUUGUACCCUUCCCCAGAUCUGUGCCUUGACACAAUGCUGUCUCUGAGCUCUACGGACAAUUCCUUCAAACUCGUGGCUUGGUUUUUGCUCUGACAUGCACUGUCAACUUUGGGACCUUAUAGAGACAGGUGUGUGCCUUUCCAAAUCAUGUCCAAUCAAUUGAAUUUACCACAGGUGGACUCUAAGUCAAAGGGUCUGAAAUACUUAUGGAAAUAAGGUAUUUGGAUUUUAAAUACAUUUGCACCAAAAAAAACAGUUUUCACUUUGUCAUUAUGAGGUAUAGUGUGUAGAUUGAUGAGGGAACAAAAUACUUUAAUCAAUUUUAGAAUAAGGCUGUAACGUAACAAAAUGUGGAAAAAGUCAAGGGCUCUGAAUACUUUCCGAAUGGUGUGUGUGUGUGUGUCUGUCUGUCUGUAUAAUUGGCAGCCAACCUACCCUCGAUAUUUAUUGGAAAUUUGCAUGAAGCUCAUCACCGUGCACUUAACCACUAUAAGUUAUGAAAUAAGUUAUGAAGUUCAUCAUAGCUUAUUCCAUCUGCCUAUAAACUCUGCAUGCUUUUCCAUGUUGUGGUGGUGGUUGGCUAUAACAUCAUCACGUGACUCCAAGUUUACUGCAGUUGUAUCUGAAAAAAGAUUUAUCCCACCUUGUUUAGCGUAUGUUGUUUUGUCAACAACUUCGCUGUUUCCUGUCGUGGCUUUUCUUCAUCCGCAUGAAGUGGUUGGAUGGAAAUCUGGUUUAUGUCUCUCCUUGUCCUCUUUCUUCAUCUCUCUAACAUUACAUCCUCCUGAACAGGUCUGUGUGACGUAGCUGAACCUGACACCUCUGUCUGUUCCUACUAACAGGAAAGUCCCGAUGUUCGGUCUGGAAGCAAUCUUCCGGAACGGCGUUCCUGUAGGCCAUCUGCGGCGCUCUGACUACGGAUUCUUCAUUGACAAGCAGAUCGGAUACGGAUACAUCCGCAACCCUGACGGAGGAGUGGUCAGUAAUGUAUAGUUGGCUACACACAGACAUACACACGCAUACACACACGACUCAACUCACCCACCCACACGAUCUCCGUCAUCACCACCACCACCACAAGUAGAAGGAACAUUAACAGCCUUUUUUUCUUCUUCGUUGGGAGAUGGGAUUUAUAUUAUAAUUGGUGGUGUUCUGGCCAGCACGCUCUUAACGAUUGGCAGACAGGAAAACACUGCUUGUUUCCAGCUCUUUAGAAACGCUUCAUUGCUGCUCUGCUCUGCUCCUCCUCUGGCUGGGAAGCUAUGACUCCUCUCAGAGCCCACUCUGUGUGGGUGUGUACAUGUGUUCUGGAACUCAGUCUCUUCCUCCUAUUAUCAGUCAUCUCUUGGCUCUAGCCUGAUCAACUCAGCCUUCAGACAACAGCUUUUGCUUGGUAAAGACAAUAUUCUGGAACUUUUAUUAUCCGUUCCUUGUGUUGGAGCAGAUGGCCAGCUUUGCAUAUAAUCAUACCAUGUCAUCGCAUAUCUUGCAUUUUAACAACUUAAUAUUGGAUUCCGAAUGACAAUUGAGUCAGAUUCUAGUACCAGGGCUUUGACACACACAUAAGCUCUGGUUGUUUCCUCGGAAACUGAGACAACUUUUCUUCCAGCAUUAAAAGUAUUUUGAAAAGCUUAAUUGGUGAAACUGCCAGGUCAGUUUGAGAUUACAACAACAAAGACAUUACAGCAAACAACAAACCCCCCUUCCCCCCGCGUGCAAUGAAAAGCAGAAUACAAAACAGUAACAAUAAGUAAUCCCUAAUGUCAAUUACAUUUUAAGAGCUUUAUGCUUUCAAAGCUGUUAACUAGGGUUUCUGGGGGGAAAGUUUAUUUGUGUAUCAUAUGUGACUCCAUGUGUACAUCCUGUGUUAUUUUCCUUACCCCUCAUUAUAAAACCUGUAGUGAUAGAAUAAGGCCCAGUGGACUAACCUGGUACCACCUCAGUGUGCCCUACCAGGCCGAGCAGGUUGUGAUUCAGUGGAUGACCGUUGCUUUGUUCACUGAGAUGCUGCCGUACUGUGUGUGAGUGUUGCAGGGCUGUGUGUCUUAGGGAGUGAGACACCACAUCUCUAGGUCUCCACCUGUUCCAGAGGAUAUAUAUUCCCCUAUCACUUAUCAUUGGGCUCACAUCCCCUCCCAUCACAUCAGCCCAACGUAGUGCGCACACACACACACACACACACACAAAAAGCCCUGGCUUUGGCCCUGCGCUACAGCGCUCUACAGGCCCGCCUACGCUGCAGUAAGGGUCAGUCAGCGUCAGAAGCAGCUCAUCACAUGGCUCUGAAACCUCUCCUCGUCUUCUACUGCUGCUGCUGAGGUCAGAGUGGCAGGGAGGGAUGAAUCUGCCUCACUGAUGAGAGAGAGAUCUCUCUCCAAUGGACUUCGACUGCGGUUUGGUACAGACUAGUAGCUAGGGUAGGCCUGCCUCCAGCCCAGCUCGUUUUUGGAGAGUUAUAAUUAGCCAGAGCAGGGGCCACAGCGCUGCCAGGGAGGGAAGCAAAGGAAAGACUCAUUGGGCCGGAAGAGUUUUGACAUUGAGAUGUGAAUGAACUGGCUGUUUCAUAACCUCAUCAGUCUUAGACCGCUUAUUAAAUGUGGGAAUUGGCCUAUAUGUAUAGAGCUAAAUUCAAAUAUUUCUUACAGCAAAAAUAUGAAAAGCAUAAGCAUGGUAGCAAUUGAAAGGGAACAGUUAGGAGAUUAUGGGAAAAUUAUUAGACCAAAGAUGAGGACAGAACAGUUUACCUGACACAACAUUAUACUGUUGAUUUUAUAUGCAUUUUACAUUUACUGUACUUUUCGCCGCAUUUGUUGACAACGAAAUCUGAAUAUACUCUGGAUACAUUCAGUAACAUAAUAUCCUGGAAAAUGUGGGGUAGGUGCAACAUAAGACAAAACAAUUACAAGGGUUUGAGUGAGAGGUCUACCUGGUGUCUCCAAGUGGCCACACACCUCUCCAAAGUGUGCACAGUUCCUAAGUAAUUUCAAUGCACUUUUAUGACUCAAAGAAGAGUCUUCAACUAUAAGGUGUUUUUUUUAGCUCUCCUAGCUGUGCCGUUGAGGAACUAGAUCAAACACACAUUUAGUUGUUUUGUUUGGAACACAACCCUGCAUCCCCGCCAUCACACAAUUACUGUUGCAAUCCAAAAACGGUGCAUUAUUAAUACGCAAUCUGGGUCAGGUGGGCAUCAUUUGAAAGCUUGUCCUGUUGCUAACAUGACUAGCUAAGUUAUAAAAUACGAUAUUACAGUGUUAGGCUUUCACAAUGCAAUUCAGGGAAACGGAUCAUAAUUUUGGUGCGCAUAGAAAGGAUCAUGAGUGCAUUCAGGUGCAUGUGCCACGGCAAAUUUUCUUCAGAAUAGACAAACAAGCUCUUUCUGUUCAGAACAACCCAGGGUAUGACUCCAUAUCAUCUUGAAACUGUACAUCAAACAUAGUGAUCAUGAACAUUGACAUUUGCAUAUGACAUGAGUUUUAUGAUCCCUGGAGAAAUGGAAUCACUGGAAUCAGGAUGAGCUCUGUUUGAGACUAUCCUAUCAACGUGAUCUGAAGAACUGUAAUAUACUAUGUUUCUUGGAGUCGUGGCUGAACAAGGACAUGGUCUAUAUAAAUCAAGCUGUUUUUUCUAUACAUCGGCAGGACAGAACAGCUGCGUCGGAAGCUCAGAGGGGGUGUGUGGCAAUCUCUAAUAUUAAGGAAGUCUCGAGGUUCUGCUCGCCUGAGUUAGAAUACCUCAUGAUAAACUGUAGACCACACUAUUUACCAAGAGUUUAAAUCAAUAUUUACCACCCCAAACCGAUGCUGGCACUAAGACCGCACUCAAUGAGCUUUAUAGGGCCAUAGGCAAGCAAGAAAAUGCUCACCCAGAGGUGGAGCUCCUAGUGGCCAGCGACUUUAAUGCAGGAAAACUGAAAUCCGUUUUACCUCAUUUCUACCAGCAUGUCACCUGUGCAAAUGGAGCCAAAAACUCUAGAUCACUUUUACUCUACACACAGAGACGCAUACAAAGCUCUCCCUCGCGCACCAUUUGGCAAAUUUGAACUUAACUCUAUCCUCCUCAAAACAGGAAGUACCAGUGACUCGCUCAAUACGGAAGUGGUCAGAUGAAGCGAAUGCUAAGCUACAGGACUGUUUCGCUAGCACAGACUGGAAUAUGUUCUGGGAUUCAUCCGAUGGCAUUGAGGAGUUUACCACAUCAGUCACCGGCUUCAUUAAUAAGUGCAUCGACGACGACGUCCCCCACAGUGACCGUGCGUACAUAUCCCAACCAGAAGCCAUGGAUUACAGGCAACAUCCGCACUGAGCUAAAGGCUAGAGCUGCCACUUUCAAUGACCGGGACACUCAUCCGGACGCUUAUAAGAAAUGGCUCACAACAACACCAUCAUCCCAGACACCCUGGAUCCACUCCAAUUCAAAUACAGCCACAACAGAUCCACAGAUGACGCAAUCUCUAUUGCACUCCACACUGCCCUUUCCCACCUGGACAAAAGGAACUCCUAUGUGAGAAUGCUGUUCAUUGACUACAGCUCAGCGUUCAACACCAUUGUGCCCUCCAAGCUCAACACUAAGCUAAGGAUCCUGGACUUCCUGACGGGCUGUCCCAGGUGGUGAGGGUAGGCAACAACACAUCUGCCACGCUGACCCUCAACACGGGGGCCCCUAAGGGGUGCUGCUUAGUCCCCUCCUUUACUCCCUGUUCACCCAAGACUGCAUGGCAGUGCACGAUUCCAACACCAUCAUUAAGUUUGCAGACGACAUGACUGUGGUAGGCCUGAUCACCGAUGACGAUGAGACAGCCUACAGGGAGGAGGUCCGAGACCUGGCAGUGUAGUCCCAGGACAACAACCUCUCCCUCAACGUCAAGACAAAGGAGCUGAUCGUGGACUACAGGAAACGGAGGGCCUUCAUCCACAUCGACGGGGCUGUCGGUGUCUACAUCACUAAGGAACUAUCAUGGGCCACAAACAUCAACACAGUUGUGAAGAGGGCACGACAACGCCUCUUCCCCCUCAGGAGGCUGAAAAGAUUCUGCUUGGGCCCUCAGAUCCUCAAAAUGUUCUACAGCUGCACCAUUGAGAACAUCUUGACUGGCUGCAUCACCGCUUGGUAUGGCAACUGCUUGGCAUCCGACCGCAAGGUGCUACAGAGGGUAGUGCGUACGGCCCGUAGGGCCGAGCUCCCUGCCAUCCAGGACCUCUAUACCAGGCGGUGUCAGAGGAAGUCCCUAAAAAUUGUCAGACUCCAGCCACCCAAGUCAUAGAUUGUUCUCUCUGCUACCGCAUGGCAAGCGAUACCGAUGCACCAAGUCUGGAACCAACAGGAACCUGAACAGCUUCUACCCCCCUGCUAUAAGACUGCUAAAUAGUUAACCAAUAGCUACCCGGAAUAUCUGCAUUGACCCUUUUUGCACUAACUCUUUUGACUCAUUAUACGCUGCUGUUACUGUUCAUUAUCUAUCCCAUUGCCUAGUUACUUUAUCCCUACCUAUAUGUACAUAUCUACCUCAAAUACCUCGUACCCCUGCACAUUGACUCGGUGCUGGUACCCCGUGUAUAUAUCCAUGUUAUCGUUACUCAUUGUGAAUUUCCUUGUUAUUAUUGUUCUAUUUAUUCCUCGUUCCUCAUUUCACUGUUUUUUAAGCAUGUGACAAAUCAAAUGUGAUUUCAUUUCUUGUAGCGUGAGGGGCUCAAGUUCAGAACGGCUGUCAAUCAAAACCCAUACAGCACUGUGAAGCGCAGAGCCAGAGCUCUGAUGUCAUGUAUAGCAUAUUACUGUACAGCCACUACAUUCCAAUUUUGCCGUUUAUCAGUGCCCAAAUCUGCCAUUUCAACCCGUAUAUAUGGGUACGAGUGCAAAGGGCUAUAGAAAGGGAAACAAUGAAAUACAGUUUCUCAGGGAUCAUCAACUAAAAACUUUAUUUUAAAUUUUUCUUGAGUCAGCCCAACCAAAUAUUGUAUUUGACUAAAACAUAAUCAUUUCAAACCUUGGUUUUAGUCUUUUAUUUAAAAAACAAACAUUCUAAAAUAUAUAACGUAUUUCUAUUUUUAAGAAUUUGCUCUGAGAACUUUCGGCGGCCAAAGAAAAUCAGUUGCGGGCCGAAUUUGCCUGCCAGUUGAUGAGCCCUGCAGUAUCUAAUCAGGAAUCGUGCUUUUGGAGAGAGGAGUCAGGUCGCAUAUCAAAGUAAUGCUUUACUUUAACAUCCUUAGGAACAGUCUAAGAUUCCCUAAGCUUUCAGAUCUAAGGAUGGAUUAAGAGUUCCUCUAUCUCUGAGUAAAGGUGUGGAUUUAACGGUGUCUGCUCUUUAUCCUUUCUUUUCUCUCUCUCUAAACUCAUUUUAUCUCCAUCUCACUCUCUAUCUGCACUCUCUCUUUUGCACAUUCUCGCUCUCUUUCGCUCAUUCUCUCUCUCAGGUAAAUGCUGACUUCAUAAAGAGUGGGAAGUUCACUCUGGAGAGGAUGGGAGUGGUGUACGAGGCCAAGGCCCACCUCAAGUCGCCCUUUGACCCCUCAAACAACCGUGUGAAGGGCAUUUACCCUGACAACUACCACAACGUUUACAAAGCCAACGCACAAUAA